AAGGGUCAAAACGAACCCACCCCCCAAAGUAAAGGGGUCAGAACUGACCCCUACCGAAGUGGCCCCUCUUCUGAGGGAAAAGGAGAGGGGCAAGAACCUUCCCCUCCCCCACCAUCACAAAGCGGCGGGAAAGCGCCAGAGCGGAGCCCACAGCGGCCGUGAGGGGAGAAAGAAGAGCCAGGCAAGACGGGGGCGGAGCUCCGCGCGAGGCCGGGACGGCCCAUCUCAACCUCCGGUCGGCCUGGGCCCAGUCAGGGCUUCGGAAGGGGGCUGGUCUAGGAGGGAGAAGGAGGCGCCGCUGCCGCCGCCGCUUUCUUUCUCCCGCCCGCCCUGUGGAAAAAGUUGCCCGCUCACUCUCGCCGCCGUCCAGGAGGAGGAGGAAGAAGGGAGAGAAAAAGAGGGAGCCGCCGCCGCCGCCGCCGCCGCCGCCACCCUCAGCCUCUGAGGGAGCAUGGAGGGAGCGGGGAAGAGAGAGGCGGGCGACGGCGAGGGGGAAGCGGAGCGCGAGGAGGAGGAGGAGGAGGGCAAAGCCGCCGCCGCCGCCACGGAGGAAGAAGAAGAGGCGCCCCCCGACUCGCCCCCUUUCUUCCUCCUCUACCCGGGCCGUGGAGGCGCCGCCGCGCCGGGCUUGCAGCCCCAGAGCGCCUGGAGAGCCGCCCCGCCGGGCCCUUGCGGGGUCCCCUUGCCCGUCCUGCUCAGCUACAUCGGGCCCGAGACCGGGCAGCAGCACCGAGCCGGCGGCGCCCGUGAGUAGUAGGCAACGCCGCUCCUCCCUUCCCGUCUCCCGGCAGAAGCUGCCGCUGCCGCUGCCGCCCUGGUUUCUCCUCUCUCCGCCCGAACCGCGCCCUGUGUGUCCGCCGCACAUGGUGUGCUCGGCUGUCAUCCGCCCCCCAACGUUGUAUAAUGUUACGGGCAACUCUUGUCCCAGGGAGGGAGGGGAAGCCUCCUCCCUUCGCUUUCCUCCUCCUCCUUUUUCUUUUUUUGAGGGGGGUGGGCUCCUUUUCCGAUACCCCACCCCACGAACAAGGUCCAUGGGGUUGUAAAGCAAGCCAGACCAUUUAGCACCGACCCCAUUCAUUCCAGCAGCUGACCAUCACCAGCUCACUCCAAGCCCUGCGAAAAACAUCCCCAUCAUCAUCAUCAUCAUUAUUAUUAUUAUUAUUAUUGCCCUCCACCCAUAGAUAUCAGGGCGGUUCACAGCAUGAAAGUACUAAGCGCAUGUUAAAAACUAGAACAAAGGCAAACAGAACCAAGCCAGCAACCCUCCCUCCCCCUUAUUUAUGAAACAAGCCUGUUAAUCGCCUAUCCGACUAAAAUAACUGGAGGUUAUUGAGAUCGAUGCAAGCUAAAAAGCAUUGCAGGGGGUUGGGCUAGAUGACCCUCAGGGUCCCUUCCAAUUCUACGUUUUUCUGAAACACACACACACACACACACACACACACACACGACCCAACUAUGAUCCCUCUGCUGUCCUCCCCCCAAGCAACUGUGUGUGAGACUUGCUCUUCAGAAAGUGUGCCUUGUCUUGCUAGCUGUGGUUUUUGGGCUCUCCUCAGCCCCCCCCAUCAAUUCCUAUUCCUUUCUCCCUAAUCUCCAAUAUUAUAUUUUCUUCUGGCUGAGAUGUUAAAACACUAAUUCCCAGCUGUGUUUCUUGCUGCAGUCCUACUGUCUACUCGGAAGUAAGGUCCUUUUUGAUUUAGCAGGGCUUACUCUCAUGUAAGUGCGGUUAGGGCUGCAGCCUUAGUUACCCAAGUUUUGGGUCCUUUUUAGGUUCAGGAUAUCACUGCUUUAUACCACCCCACCCCACCCCUACCCCACAACAUUUGUAAACAUCAGCUUUGUACUUAAACACAAAUUGGCUGGGAACUUCAUUCUCUGUGUCUUUAUUAAUUUAUUUAAAGAAAAACAAACUGGUGAUUGCUUUAACUUUUUGAUAUAUGGUGAUUUGAAUCAUGAGGAUGAAUUAGAAGAACUGCUGAGUCUUGAAUGAGUCUUGCUUUGGAAUUGAGGACUUUAUUAGAUUUUCUUCUGCCGUUUCAUUUUAUUUUGUUCUAAGGGCUUGUUUUAACAAAGAAUUAACUCUGGAACUUCUGGUGAAAUGAUAAGGGGGUCUUUCUUUCUCCUUCCACAAUGCCAUUUGUCUUUUCAAUAGGUAUAGUGAUAAAGAUUUUGAGCGAAUGAAAGAGUCAAGCUAAUUGUUUUAAGUGUUAGUAACUGCAUUGUGUUAAGAUUCUAGCAGCCUUGGGUGUUCAAGAGUUUUGUCUAUUAAACUGAUCAUUAUUAUUACUACUGUAAUAAUGAUUUAUAUUGCACUUGAUGCUUUAGAAUUUUGCAAGCAAAAAAAGAUUGUUUCCCCCAAGGAACUUGCAGUCAGUCCCAGCAUAACGUUCCGUUCUGCUGUUAAGUAGUCAUAAUAUAAUAAGAAGAGCUUUGCUCAAAUGUGAAAGUUGGAUGUGUUUCUUGCACAUGGAGGCUUCCAACACUGUGGUGCUGAUGGCUCCCUAAUGCAAAAAGGGAAAAUGUUAUGUGAUUCUUAAGAGAAAGGGAUAUUUGGGUAUGUCUCCCAGAUGAAAUGUUGCAGGUUUCUGAAUUGUACUCUUGCAGUUGUAAAGAAUAAAGCAUGGAAGUGUGAGGCACUAUUAGAAUGUGUGUAAAAUGGAUUAACAGAACUGCAAAGAUUGUUUCCCCCCCCCUAAAAAUGUAUACCCUGCCCCCUCGUGGCUUAUCAUCCUCAUUAUUGCUUACUUGUGUAAAAAGACAAACAAAACAUACAAAACAAUAGCACAGCACAUGAUGUAAGCUUCAAUCAAUAAAAAACUCAUAGCGGCUUAAAUGUUAAAAGUUUGCAGUGUUCACCUGGAGAAAUAGGAAGUUCUUUGCCAUGUGGUACCAGUCCAUGAAUGGGACGCGGGUGGUGCUGUGGGUUAAAACACAGAGCCUAGGACUUGCCGAUCAGACGAAUCCCCGCGACGGGGUGGGCUCCCGUUGCUCAGUCCCUGCUCCUGCUAACCUAGCAGUUCAAAAGCACAUCAAAGUGCAAGUAGAUAAAUAGGUACUGCUCCAGCAGGAAGGUAAACGGCGUUUCCGUGCACUGCUUUGGUUCGCCAGAAGUGGCUUAGUCAUGCUGGCCGCAUGACCCGGAAGCUGAGUGCUGCAACCCCAGAGUCGGCCACGACUGGACCUAAUGGUCAGGGGUCCCUUUACCUUUACCAGUCCAUGAAAUGUUGGGAGGGCAUUUCACAGGUUGGAUACCAACACCAAAAGGGCAGGCAGACUUUCCCUGCUUGCCACCUGCCUACUUCCAAUGGUGGGGACACGUGGAGAACUGCCUCAGAUCUCAGCAAGAGGGCACAUCAGUGUGAUAAACAGAGGUAGAAAAGCUAGGAGGCAAAUGGCUCCUGGAACCUGGGUUACAGGCACAAAAGCAGAAUAGCUAGUCGCCACCCCCACCAUGCAGCAGCAUUUACUAUUUAUUUAUUUUUUGAAAUGCAUGAACUAACACACAAUUCACGUCAGUGACACAUUGUCAACACCACGUUUUUAAUAGAUACAAGAGAAGAUUGUCCAGCAGAUACCUGGGCCCUAAGCCAUGCAAACCUUUAAAUGUGAGCAUCUGCUCUUUGAAGUGAGCCUGAAAGCAGACCAAAUAAUUAUCAGUGAUCCCAGUGUUGAAGAAGAAUGUUUGACUGUGAUGCCGAGGUACCAGUUUAACCUGCCUGGUGUGAUAUACACUGGAUUGUUUAGAAAUUACUGAAGAGUUAGUGACGUGUCAAGCUAAUGAACCAAACCUUUGUGAGUUAGGCAUUUGUGGAUUUUUUUAAGCAGAGGAGGAAACUGGCAGAGAGCUUAUUUUCUCUGGCUGAGACAAUAGAGAGAGGCAGUAGUAGUCCUAGACCUGGUAGCAUUUAUGUGAUUUCCCUUUCUGCUAGGAAUAGCAUUGGGAUAAUGUGAAUUGGGGUUCUUUUGAGGUUAUUUUACCGCCCUUUGAUGAUUGCCUAUUGUUCCAUGAUCACCUACCAUGUUUUGUUUGUAAAUACUUUUUAAAAAUCUGUCACAAAAUUGAACUUAGCAUCUGUGUUGGAUAAUAAGGGAACAAUGUUGCACUGCAUAAAACACCCUUACAAAGUGUUUGCAUAUUCAUGCUGUUGUUGUUACAAUAAUAAUAAUGUUUAUUACCUGCCCUUCACCAACUGGUCCCAGAGUUGGUUACAGCAAUUUAAAAUUCAGUGUUAAAAACCAUUAGUAUGGACCCUAAAAUUUCAGAUGCCAAAGGCCAGGGCAAAGAGAUGUGUCUUCAGCAACAGUCAGGGUUACUUUGAAUGUGCUGAUCCAAAGCUACACCUAUAUAUACCUGAGCUUUAAAAGCAAAUUACUACGAAGUCUAAAUAAUUAAUAUAAACCACAAUCAGUUUAUACACGUCAUAUUUUUGAUUUCCCAGUACUGUCGUCUCAUUAGGAAGGCCACUAAAACCAGUACAACAACUGUUUUCAAUAACUUGUGUGGAAAAAGAUGAUAGGAGGCAUUCUGUUUUCUGGGAUAACAAAGGAAAUCUUUCCACUGUGCUCUUGGCUCUAGCCUCCAACUCAAGGCCUCAUAACAGCUUCAGGUUUUCUCUGUAUUCCCAAACCUGUAUAUAAAUUAGGUCCACAGCCCACUCCUACCUCAUAUACCUUGAAGCAAGAUUCAAGAACUUUCAAAUAGUUUGUUUAGGUAAGGUAAAGGUAAAGGGACCCCUGACCAUUAGGUCCAGUCGUGGCCGACUCUGGGGUUGCGGCGCUCAUCUCGCUUUACUGGCCGAGGGAGCCGGCAUACAGCUUCUGGGUCAUGUGGCCAGCAUGGCUAAGGCGCUUCUGGCGAACCAGAGCAGCGCACGGAAACGCGGUUUACCUUCCCGCCAUAGCGGUACCUAUUUAUCUACUUGCACUUUGAUGUGCUUUUGAACUGCUAGGUUGGCAGGAGCAGGGACCGAGCAACAGGAGCUCACCCUGUCGCGGGGAUUCGAACCGCUGACCUUCUGAUCGGCAAGUCCUAGGCUCUGUGGUUUAACCCACAGCAUGCAAAAUCCUGCAAAUAAUUUUUUUGUAUCUUCACAGUGACUCCAAAGUUGCGUAUGCAUUACAGACUUAGAAGUUUUUUUUCCUCAGUUCAUAUUGAAGCAGUUUUGGCGGGGGUGGGGGUGGGAUUGAAUCAAAACUCAAUAUUUCAUAAGGAACAGCAGAUUAGGUAUGGCUAAUGUGUGUAUACCACUUUCCAAACCAGCAGUGAGAGUGCACUUGAUGCAGAGUAAACACGAAUGUGUACACAGCCUUAUAAUUUGCCUACAAGACCAUACUUUCAAUGUAUUUUUCCCUGUUGGUGUUUCUGGAAUCAUAAAAUCAUUGAGUGCAUGGUAUGGUUGAGUUAUUAGCUCAAAGUUUACCCUUCUCUUCCGUUGGCUUAUUCAGUGUCAUCAGUUGCUAUGUUGUACCUGUGUGGCUGAUGAUGGGUGCUGCACUUGUCUUGAAGUUGACAUUUAGCAAUGCAGUAAAAAGUUAUAUUUUUGACUUGGGUAUAGCAUGGGUCGAACACACAGGAAAGUUCAAGCACCCAUAUCAACUUAUAGCAGUGUGUGGCAUUAAAGGCUCUUUUACCAGGAUACUUCCAUCACAUUGCUGGCAGUUUGUUUUUCCUUUUUAGUGAAGACAUUUCAGGAUGCUUUUAUGAUUAGACAGCCUCUUUGCAGACACCUUGGUAGUACAUGAGAGCCCCUGCUAUGGUUGUGGCUAGGCAGUGCUCAGUCGGAGGUGAACACUGGCAUCCCUGUGCUGGGGCUGUACAUAUGGGUGCUGGGACGUGCGUGUUUAUUUUGGUUCCAAAAAGAGCUGUUACAGUUGUACAAGUGGUACCUGUUAGGUGUGUUUCCCCCACAUAAAGGCACUUGUUAUCACAAGUGACACUUCUAUGUGAGUUUUUUGCCUAGUUGUGAGCCUCAUGGGUGCUUCUGUAAGUGCCAACCAGCCCUUUUACUCUGAGCAGUGUGGAAGAUAAUUUCUUUUAUUUUCUAGUAGUACAAAUGCAGGACUCAAGAUUACAUAUGCUUGUCUCUAAGAUUCUGGUUAUCUCAAGGCUUACCUCCCGAUCAGUUCCUAUUCUUGUAAUGUAUCCACGAGGACUAUUUUCAGUUUAUCUUCCAGUUCAAGUACCUCAUGCUGGAUUAACCAGUGAUUUUGUGUGUUCGCUAUUUCUAAAAUGAAAGAGAUUCUUACCCUGUUUGAAUUAAUUUUGAUUUCUAUAAAUGUCUCCUAUUCUCAGUUGCUUCUCUCUUGAUGUAGGCUUCUAAUUUCAUGUGGCUUCCAAUUUCCCAAGGAGCUGAUUGGCAUUUUCUAUAGCAUUGUAUGUACUGCUGAACGAGUAUGUUAGAGCAACUUUCAGACUAUGACAGUAGCAAAGCAUGCACAGGUGGCCACUGUGUUUCUGUAUGUACUUUCUUUGAUAUGUUAGCCAUAAUUUGGUCAGCAACCUCAUGAUAGUGCUAUGUCCUUUGAAUUUGUAUCCAUCUGAGAGUUUGCAUUCACACUACUCUUAAUGUGGCAAUUUCAAUCUAUGCAGUAUUUUGCCACAGUUCUGUGAAUAUAACAUUUCUCCUGCAAUAGGAGCGAGACAGUUUUACUGUAAUAAUUGUUUUAAUGCAAAAUUGAAUGGCAUUACCUUAUUCAAACUUGGUUUAUGGGUCUUAGACUUUCUACUGUCACACAUCCUUUAUCUGUUGCUUGUGUAUAGAAUUUUAUGCACAGUUUUAAAUAUUUGUCCUUUGUGCAUUUUGGUUUUUUGGCAGAGCGACUCUUACAUUUAGAGCCAUCUGAAAGUUCAUUUAUGGUUUUAAAAUGUGCACAAUUCUCCCCAGGUUUUUUUUAUCUGAUAAGUAUAUGGUUCAUUUAUUCACUCUUUACAGCAAAUUCUUAAUGAAGAUUUUAAACAAGAGCCAGGGCAGAGACAUGAUUGAUACAGUACUGCUUUCCUGUAACAUAUGGAUGUAACUUCAUAUUCUUCUCAGUAUGGAGUACGUUUUGGUCAUUAGAUAUCCACCCAAUAGUAAUUCCCUCGUGUCUCAAGCUUUCUCAAUAGCACUAGGUUUAAAGAUACACUUAAGUCUAGGCAUCAAAUGAUAGCCAUAAGUAAAACAGAUGGGGCCUGUGUCCAAGAACUGAAAAAGUGUCCCUCUUCACUUAUCAGUCUGGUGAGAAAUUGUGAGGUUAAUGAAUAAAUUAGAAACCUGUACAUACUGGGUUACAGAUUGUAAAGAUAGCUUUGCUGAAGGGUGACUAUGAUCUUCGAUAGAGAUUUUGGGCAUGCAUUGACCUUGCAAUUCUUCUGGUGUAUUUACCAGACCUUAUCAAUAGAAUACAGCUUUGUAAAUAAGCAGUGCUCCAGCAGCCAUCUGCAUUUCGAUGCUGGAUGUCGAAAAGGGAACUUCUGUCCCCUGGGCAGCCUGCUUGAUCUCUAUGCUUCAUGCAGAAGAGGGAUGCAGUGCUCUGUACUUUUCCACCAGUCCUCCCCCCCACCUGCCCCCAGAUGCAAUUCUUCGUUGCCUAUGGCUAGCAGGAGAGUGGUUAAAUCCAAAGCUGAUAAAAUAUAAUGUCAUCUUUGUUCUUUGGGCAUUAAUGUUCUUAUUGGAAACUGACACACUUUCCAAGAAGUUAUAGCAUUUAACGUAUUUGCUAAUAAUCAGCUUGUGCUUAAUUUUUGUUGCAGUCCCGUGACCCCAACUAUACGAUUCUUACUUUUGACUGCUAAUGGGCAUGUUUUACAUCUCUUUGUACCGUGAGACAGGCUGAGGAGAAAAGCAUGCAUUGUGUUAUGUCUGUGAUCGCAGAUUGACUAGCACAGUCUGAAAAGAGGCUGUGGAUGCUGAGAGCAAGAUCAGCUUCAUUGCUCUUCCUGCAUCAUCAGCAGCAGCAUCUAUAAAGCAUCCUGGGAAUUGCCUGCUCUACGUUCAGUGCAAGCUGGUCACAUGAGUCUGAAUUUUCAGUUCAGUUCAUUAGUCAGCCAUUUUGGUCAACACCCUGCUUACUGCGCACAACCAAUCCUAUUAUCACUCUGUAUCUUGGCUUGUCUGGAGGGGUGAGAGAGCAAGAGAGCCUCGUCGAUUUCUGCAAUUCUGGAUGUGUUUUCUUCAAUGCAUUUUACCAUUUUGGAUUAUUAUUUUUUUAAGCAUCUUUAGGAAAUAGUAAACAGAGCUUCUCCUACCCUCUGAAGGCCAAAUUUGCUGUGGUCAUUUACCAGUACGCUGCUUAUAGUCAAAUUGAAGAAAAGAGUGUGUCUUUCAGAAGAAAACAGAGGAAGAGACCACAGAGGAGAAGAGGCAUCUUUUCUUCCCUUUGCACUGUGCCUUGCCUUUCUCAGACUUGUGCAGCUGCGUGAUUUUUCAGCAGCUCUUUUUUGACUUAGCAAGGUAUUCCACCCCCAUCAUCAGAAAGCCUCCCCCUCUUUUAGCCUAUAUAUUUUAUUUUAUUGUUGUACCGGCUGAGUCAUCAUGUCUGCUCUGACGCCUCAAAGCGAUAUGCCAACCCCCACCACAGACAAGAUCACACAAGCUGCCAUGGAGACCAUCUAUCUUUGCAAAUUCCGAGUGUCCAUGGAUGGAGAAUGGCUCUGUUUGCGAGAGCUGGAUGACAUCUCUCUUACGCCCGACCCUGAACCUACCCAUGAAGGUAUGGUUGCAUUUUCUAUGUAGGGAGGCCUGCAGGUCUUGUUUUGGGUUAAAGAGGCUGGGAAGGAGGGUGCUGGUCUUCACCACCCCAUAACAUUAUGUAGGAAUAUGGGAAACCUGACAUAUUUUAAUUGCUUCAUUGCAGUAUAACCUAAUUUGAUACAGAUUUCCAAAACAGCUGCUGGACUUUUAAGAUGACUCACCUGCAUCCUAAACAACUCCUGUGCUCAUUUGCUUUGUUUUUCUUAGACCCCACCCCUAGCAACCAAGAUAGAUCUCUGUGAGAUGAAGUUGUGUAUUUAUGUGCAACACCUCAAAUAAAGAAACCUUGAUGUUUCAAUAGUAGCAUUUUGAUCUGUGUUUUCUUCUUUAAAUAUUGCUUUUGAAGAAGCUUUUAUUUUAUAAAUGGAGAUGAAUUUAGAAUAUUAUGUUUAUAAGGUUGGGAAACUCCUGUGUACUUUCAAAGCUAGAUAUUGUAGCAGGUGUCUCUUUCAAAAAUCACAAAGUAUAUUUACAUGGACUUACUGUCGUUUAUAGUGUUCUAAAGUCUGGAUGACAUAGGCAGAAAAUACAGUUUAUUUGGGAAUUAAAAACGAUACCUCAUGGCAGUCUAUUUUGUAAGAAGGGCAAUUUAGAUGGUAGGAGAUGCUAUUGGAAUUAGGAAAUUGAAUAAUAUAAAGGCCUAUCCUUCAACUCCCCUACAUCUCUUCAUUUGAAACAGUAAGGCACCUGGAGCUGGCAGAUAUAGCUAUGUCUCUUAAAACCCAAUGGGUUACUCAUUGGAUUCCUGAUUUGAUGGUUACUGUGAACUAAAGGUGAGAGCACAGCCUAUUUUGUAGUAUCAUGCCCCAGUUUAGUCAUGUCUGCAAAACCUGUACCACUUGGCAUUGUCACUGUCAACAGCCUUUAACCACACUGAGUUUUGUUUUUCAUUUUGUAGUGUACAAAAGUAACCAAGGCUGGCUCCCAAGCAUUUUAGCUGGGAGACUUGCCAGUGCAGCCCCCCCCCCUUUGUUCACAUGUUGGUUCCCAUCUCUGACCCGGAAAUGAAACAGAGCUUCUUUGUGCUGCAUUGUCUUCAUAACCCACUGCCAGCAGCUUGUGGAAAUAUUCAGAAGGCUUCUGUCACUCACCAGCUGGUUCUAGCCCACCCUGUGGGAGUUGGUAGCAAUAAGUAGCAGCUUUAAAAUUAAAGUGGUAGCAGUUCAAAAGUCAAAGCAAGCAUCCUUUUUAUCAUAUCUUGGUAUAUGGACAGUACUGUUGUCAGUACAUCAUGUGGAAUAAAACAAGCAGUUGAUAUGGCAAGCAUCAAGUGACUUCAAAGUCCUGAUUAAAAGGAUGCAGCCACAGACUCCUAUGUUUGUAUUCCGUUUAAAUGGGCAAAUAAUGAGGUGCUUAUGUUUGAGGAAAUUACUUGGAAAUAACAAGCUUAGCAUGAAUUAGAAGUGUCCACGUACCUCCUGUCUUGCUGUGCUUACUACAGGAGAGUCUUGGUGUUGAUUGGGUAGAACAUAUCUUCAUUCUUUCUCUGAGGGUUUUCCUACUUUCUUUUGAUAUUACUUAUUAUGCUGUGAUAGACUCUGCUACAAAUGUAGGGCAAGCCAUCAAAGUAUGGCAAGUGAGAUUUUGCUGUCGUCAAAUUAUCUAACGCUUGGAAAAAAGAUACAAACUACUUUUUUUUUGCAAUUUCCUUACGCUAUUUCCUCACCUAAGUAGAUCGAUAGUAAGUCCAAGUCUCUGAUAAAAUACUUACAGGCUUAUUAUGAUUUAUUGGGAUGUAGGUGACUUGACUUUAGGGAACACACACACACACACACACACACACACACACACACACACCAUCAGUGGUAUUUUCUUGUUCCAUUUAAGAUUACCACUACUGAUAAUCAGAAAACUAUUUCUUUAAUGGAAUUAUGGCCAAUAUUAGUUGUAAUUGUUUGCAUUUCUGGCAUUGUACACUUUCCAGUGUUAUGUGAGCACCUUUGUUUAUACUUUCCCAUACAGCACAGUAGUUAAAAUUUCUGCUAAUGAUAGCAGUUUUGGUACUGCCAAAACUAAUGUAAAAUAAAUGCAAGAAGUGUAUCAAAAACACUCUUCAGAAUUUUACAGCUUGCCCCAGCUUGGUGCCCUCCAGAUGUUUUGUACUAUCAACUUCAGCCAGGAUGGCUAAUGGGAAGGAAUGAUAGGAAUUGUAGUCAAAACCUCCUGGAGGGCACCAGGUUGGGCAAGACUGCCUCAAAUCAUUGCAUUUUGAGAAUGGGUUUGGAACUGCAUGAGGCUGUAGCUCAUUGGUAGAGCAUCUGCCUUGGGUGCAGGAGGUCCCAGGUUCAAUCCCCACCAAGUCCAGGUAGGGUUAAGAGAGAAUCCUGCCUGAAACCUGAAUAGCUUCUGUCAGGGUAGACAGUACUGAGCUAGAUGGUCUGACUCAGUUUAAGGCAGCUUCCUACUUUACCAUAAUUAUUAAGAGUUUCAAGAUUCUAAUGCAUAGUGGUAUUUAUUUUAGAAGUACAGUACUCUUAAAUGAUGGUGCAGAUUUGUAAGACGUGGAGUUUUGCAAGAUGCAGCUGUCUAAAGAGAAACCUGGAGCCACUUUGGAUUUUCCCUAUUCAUACCUCAAGCAGAGAGGAAUUUUCAUAGCAUUUAAUGCAGAAAGGCCUUUUCUUGAACAGCCUCUGAACUGCACUAGAAUUCUCUUAAGAGAUUAUGUGAAACUGCUUUAAAGGCAAGAAAUAUAUUGUUAGAAACAGGGAGGGUGAACUCUUGCCUUCAAGACUUGCUUGUGGACUUCCCUGGUUGAAAACAGGAUGCUGGACUAGACGGGCAUAUGGUCUGAUCCAGAAGGGCUCUUCCUAUAGUUUUCUUGCCACAUUUCCAAACUAGGGUCCAACAGUUAAAACUGGUAUCAUUUGAGAAGUGUCACACAAAGGCAGCCUGAAGAAAAGUGUGCAAGAGACAAGGGGUGCAGGUUUGAGGAUCAACGUUACACUCUCAGCAUCGCUUCCUAUGAACUGAUGAAAGUAAGAUGAAACUGUUCAACAUUCUAGCAGAGAUCAACUCAAAAUAUAGCUGUGACAAGUUUUCUGAUGAUAAUGUUUGAUAUAAAAUAUCAGCCAUUUUGACAUGGGCAAUGUGGCUGCACAUAGCCAUGAAAAAAUGGACUUGAUGGAAAUUUAUCUGCAUGUGAGUUGCUGUUCCUGCUGCUGAGGCUAGACAAGAAAUCUGAUUAGGAUUGUUUGGUUCUGAUGUUGUAGCCAUCACCAUUUCAUGCUUUCCACAGAUUCCCACUGAGCAGGGUGCAAUGUGGUUAUGUGAGGGCAAGCACAAUGCACAUACCUACCUUGUCACCAUACUAGCAUACCAACAUGUGCCUAAAAAGCGACAUGUGUUUGUAUGAAUGUAAAGAACUAAGCAGUUGUGUGCUCAUGGAACAAUAAAAAGCACAGUAAAUGGUUUGCCUCCCUUUGCAUGAUGAAAACUUACAAAAUGCUAUUUGGUGCUGAAUCCUGCAAGUAGUUUAUUGUAGGAGGGCGAAAGAAUAGGGCUCUGAUUGCAGCACUUUGCCUAAUACCGACAGCCUGAGCUGAAGGAGCUUUUGUGGCAUAGUGGUUAAAAGAAUGAGAUGAUCUCGAAAAGCUAUGUGCAGAUCUUACUUCAGCCAGGAGUUCACUAGGUCACUAAGUAAACCCAGGGCUAUUUGAUGGGUGAAGUUCCUGGUUGACACUGAUUAUUUGGGUCCACCUCAACCUGAGCUCAGGCCUGGUUUGGGGACUGAAUCGGCCUUGGUCACCCGGCCCCAUUAUCAAGAGAGGUACAGAGGAGUGUGAACCUGUUACUCUUAAUCUCUCAGUGGUCAUUAGGAGUUUUCUAGUAUGGUGCCAUCAGUACACUGAUGAGAGACAGCUCUUUUUCUCCAUAGCUUCUGAAGUGGCUGUGCAAGCCCUGGACCACCUAAAUGCAAUGGUGGAGUGGAUGAGGGCCAAUAAAUUGUGUUUGAAUCCUGGGAAGAUGGAGGCUUUGUGGGUAGGUCAUUCACGUUUCUGGAAGGCCGGACACUUUCCUGUUCAGAAUGGGCUUGGAGUCCCCCUAAAGGUGUACUCUUGGAUUCACCUUUGUCAUUUUAGUUCCCAAUAACCUCUUUGGUUAGGGAUGCCUUUUACCAGCUUCAUUUGGUAUGCCAGCUAUAUUUUUAUCUGGAUCGGGAUUGCCUACAGUGGGGGGGGGAGUAUUUGAUCCCCUGCUAAAUUUGCCUGUGGAGGGAGCUGAAGGUUCGAGUAGCUACACAUCAGCCUCGAAAUCUUACUGACUUGGAGAGGAUCUGCAAAGAGGAGUGGGACAAAAUACUGGUACCUCCUGAGAUGUGUGCAAACCUGGUGACCAUCUACAAGAAACAUCUGAUCUCUGUAAUUGCCAACAAGGGUUUUGCCACCAAGUACUAAGUCAUCUUUUGCAAAGGGAUCAAAUACUUAUUUCACUCAUUAUAAUGCACAUCAGUCUCUGACUUUUGUCUUCUGGGUUUCUGGAGGUUUUCCUGUUGUUAUUCUGUCUCUCACAGCUACAAUAAACCUACCAUUAAAAUUAUGGAUUGGUCAUUUCUUUGUCAGAGGGCAAACGGGCAAAUUUAGCAGGGGAUCAAAUACUUUCCCCCCCUCACUGUAUCAAUGUAGUCCAUGUAUUGGUAACCUUGAGACAGGAUUACUGCAAUGCACUCUAUGUGGGGUUGCCCAUGGGCCUGGUCUGGCGGGUCUAGCUGGUGCAGAAUUCAAGAAUUAGACUGCUGAUGGGGGGCAGACAGUCAACAGCAUGUAACACCACUGCUAAAACAUCUGCACUGGCGGCCAGUAUACUGUCAGUUCAAGUCUCUUGUGCUAAUAUACAAAGCCUGAACAACUUAGGUCUAGAAUACCUGAAGGUUCACCUUAGCCCUUUUAUUCCAGCUUUGAUCACUGAGAUCAUCCGUUGGAGCACUGUUAAUUGACCCUUGCAUUAUAGAGGUCCGACUGACUUAAACUAGAAGUUGGGCACUUAGUGUCCCUGGUCCAAUGCUGCGGAAUACUUUUCCAUCAGAUAUUCGACAAGGAGUUCAACCUUUUUUGGCUGCAGAAAUAUUUUUGGAAGUGUGUGGACAGUGCCUGGUGAAUUUUGAAAGCCAGAGGAGUUAAUGAAUAACAUUUUUAGUGUUCAAAUGGCAAAGUCUCAUGUAGUUCCUAGUCCCUCUACACAGCUAGCAAAAACAAGAGGAAGAAAUGCAAGUUAAGGGGUAAGAAAUAAAGAAUGUUUAUGACUUGCUGAAUUCAGUUUUGAUUGCAUAAUUUAAAUGACCUUGUUCAGAUUUAUUUGUAUUUAAUUUUUUACACAGUAUAAAUCUAGCCCUGGGCAACUUGCUGCCUCUGAGUCUCAAGCUCCUCCCUCAUUUGUAGUAUGGAGGCAACACUACUUAAUUUCUAAGUGCUGUGCAAAUAAUUUUGUUGCAUCCCAUGAUUAGUGACCUUAAGGGAGUUCAUGGAAGGAUAGUUUCCAGCAAACAUUGCAUCCUCUAAAUGCUUCUUUGGAAAGCUGAGGUGGCUGUCCAGUGUGGUGUGGUGUGCAGGAGGUCUCUGGGGGAGGGAGGGUAUAGCCCAAAAUUGGGUUUGCCCCCUAAGAAGUUAGCUUAAGGAAGAUCACAGAAGGAAAGUUUUUGGCCCCUUCCUUCCUUCCUUCCCCCAGGCAGCCAUCCUAACCCAUUCCACAUUGCUCAAUAGGGCACCCUAACCCUCUGGAGAUGCUUUUUGGGGGUUGCCAGUGGCUAUAGGGGAUGGCAAACUUUUCUUCUGUCAGUUUCCAUAAAUUAAGCCGCCUUAGGAUUCAAAUAGAUGUUUCAUAACAGCAUCUGCUACAACAACAAGUCUUUCCAUUGCAAAAAAUGAAAGAUAAGAGCAGGUUUCUUCUGAGUUCUAGUGUAUGUGAGCACAGGAAAAUACACACACACUAAUAAAAUGUUGAGGAACAGUGUCUAUUAAUAUAUGUAUUUACAUUAAAAUACAAAAAUACUACUGCUACUAAUAAUAUGCAACAUACAAAAGGUUUUAAAAGAAUACAACUAAAUAUAUAUUAAGACACAAAUGGUUAAGCAUACCUCCAGAAUUAUGACCACCUUUGUAGUUCGUGUUACUAUGUUUAAUGGGCUUGCAGAAUAUAAAAACACGAAGUAGGACAUCAGUUCUGAGAUAUAUAGAUAUAUAUAUAUCAGUUUUGUGCAUUGAAUUAUUAGGAUCACUUUAAAAUGUAUGCUGUUUUCAUACUCAAGUUUCUCUGCUACUCACAAGUUAAUACAGGAGAGCACAAGAUUAUAGCUCUCUUGUGGGAAGAAAGCCACGAUGGGUGUGUCAUUUGCUUGCUCCAGUAAUCCUAGUACAGGCAGAUUACUGAAGCUCUCUGCCUGUACUCGGAAGCAAUGCUUUCACUCAGGUUUACGGCUCUGCCUUUAGGCCUUUACGGAGGGAAAGAAAAUGUAAGUAUGAACCUAGCAUAAUAACUGAUUUUAGAAUUGGUUCCUGUUUGACAAGAUAUUGAAAUGAUUGUGCUUGUGAAGGCAAGCUGCGUCCUUUGUUUUCUCAGGACAUUUCUCUCCCCGCCCCCACUUACCUAACAACUUUGCUGAAGUCCAGUGUGCAGUGGUUAAUUUUUGUUUAAUGGAAGGGGUGCUAUUCGUGCAUUGCUAGAGUACUGAACAUGGUACUACCAAUAAAUUUGGCUGUAUUUAAGUGCAAGCAAUAUCUUAAGAUUUGUUUUAACCUGGUGCCUUACCCUAACCUUGGUUCAAAACAAGGGAACAAAUGUCUUCCUUUUAUUUGGAGGGAUUUAUUUUUGAGGUGGUUCUGAAUUGUACCAUAAAACUUCUUGGGUAGAUUUUUAUACCUAGUCAGGCAGGUUAUAAAUCCAGUUUAAGCAUAUCCAUGCCACUUGAUUUAAAAUUAAUGUGUUUGUAUGACUUUGAAAGCUUUUAAAAAUGAUCCUCUCAUUGUGUUUAAUAAAUUCAAUCUGUUGCUCUAUGCAGACUAUACUAACUUAUGAAUUUUUAAAUCUUUAACCCCUUUGGUAUGUAUCUGGUAUACCAACCCCCCUUUGUGUUCCUUUUCUUAUCUUGAUUUUUCAGUCUUUUCUUUGAAUCAUGGCUUGCAUGACAUUUUUCUUUCUUUUCCUUUUUCGCUGUUUGCAAAGACUCUUGGGAGGAUUUGACAGAUUUGGUGGAGCAAUUGCGCGAUGAUACAGAAGGUGCGUGCCACACCAACAUCUUUCAGCUAUUAUUUCCAUUUCAUUUUCAACUGGCUUUUCUUGUCUGUCUUUGAGCUGGAUCACCAGGUACACUCCAGUGAUAGCAACUGGAUCAUACAUGUUUGUAACUAUAUUGUGCUGACCGUUCCUUUGUUAAAAUGUUUGUUUUUCCUUUUGAAAAACCAGUUGCAUGUAUUAUCUUCUCAGAAUGCAUCCAUACUGAUAUUGAUUUUGGGGAGUGAGAGGUAGCACAGCCCACAUCAAGUUCCAUGGCUUGUUCACUGUAUAGCGGUCUACUUCUGAAGUUUUGGGGUGUCUUUAUACAUGGGCACAAAAGAUCUCAUAAAGGACCAUACAAUUUCCUACAUGUAGUUGGAAGACCACUCCUUCACUCUCUUACUUCCCAAUCAUUGUUCUACACCAUUUCCUUCCUUAUUGCCGACUUCUAAAACUUGUGCGGAAUUCAAGUCGUCGUACCUGUUCACCAUAGAUAUAUUGCUGGUUUCUUCUGAUAAUUUUAUGCAGCAGAAGCAAAGUGUGGUGCUUUAUGAUCCCAUGUCUGUUUCAUUUUUCCUGGCACACUGCCUCAGAAUUAUUGUAGUGCAAAUGGAUGCACAGAGUGCAUGUGUGGGAUUGUGCAAAUUCAUUAUUGCUGUAGAACAAAUACUGUGAGGAGGGAAUGUGUAUAUUUGGGAAAUGCCCCCAUGAUAUCAAUAAGUGUGCCUCUGCAAGACAAAUACAGUGGAACCUCAGUUUUUGAACAUAAUCCAUUCCAGAAGACCGUUCGACUUCUGAAACGUUCAAAAACCGAAGAUCAAAGGGUGGUUGGCAAAAUCCAUUGAAAAAAUGGAGAAAUGCGCCUUGGAAGCUGUUUGACUUCCGAGGCACGUUCGAAAACGGAAGCAAUUACUUCUGGGCUGCUGGCAUUUGGGUUCCGAAUUGUUCGUCAAUGGAGACGUUCGAGAACCGAGAUUUGAAUGUAAUCCUUUAUAGAGGGUGGGGAUUAAAUGGGGAAAUGGCACCAGCGGAAGGGGAUCUACUCCUUGUGUUUCCUGAUCAGAUUUCCUCCCGUUGUGGUGUUGUUGUUUUUAAUGUGGGAGAUUCUACCACAACCAUGAGUCUCCCACCUUGUGUCUAGUUGUGCCCUAAGGCGUACUUUAUCGCUGUCUUAAGAGUUCUGUUUUCACCUAACCUUGUUGUACAGAUGGUGUAGUUGCUCAUGUUUUGUUUAGCAUUUAGAGCUACACUUGCUUUCGUUGACAGGAAGAAUGGGGAUGUACAGAGGAAGCAAAAUCCCAGAAAGAGGAAGGAUGGCAAACAUGACCUUUAGUCCCUUCUCACAAGAUAUGUUCUAUAGAGCAGCAAAACACACAUUCCAUGGAGUUGUAAAAACAUUGUUUGAGUUGGGUCACCUUGAAGUGAGAAAUUCUUAGGUUGUAAUCCUGCACAUGCAUACCCUGGAGUGAACUUCCAUUAACUUAUAUGGGGCUUUCUUCAGAAUAGGAUUGUGCUGUUAAGAAGAUUGAAAAAAUGUUCAUCUAUGUAUUACGCAUUUGAAAGCAAUAACAUUAAAUGCUGAAGCUGCUGAAGGAAGCAAAGAAUAAUGGUACAGUCUAGCGCAGAAAAGCUGAUGAAUUGUUAUGCAGACUUUUAAAAAAUUGCAAACUGAUAUGGAAAUAUGAGAUUGGAAAAUGAGAAACCAAAAUUGACAGAUUUGCCCGUCUGUAACUUGCCCUGGCCCAAACCUUUGCCAUAGAUUUUGUCAUGCGGGUUUCAGGUUUUUCCUGUGGAAAUUGGGGAGAAUCUAGUUUAUGAAUCCACUCCACUAACAGAGGACAUUGUCUAAACAAGGUGAGGUAGCGGUUCAAAGAGCUCUGGGUUCAGAUUUUGAGCUUUUUAGAACCAGUUGCAAUGGUUGUUUUAGUCAGGCAAAUGUUUUUAUCUGUUCCUGUUUGCCUCACUGCAGAACUAAGAUCAGGCUUCCUAAAACUUGGCCCUCCAUAUGUUUUUGGCCUACAACUCCCAUGAUCCCUAGCUAGCAGGACCAGUGGUCAGGGAUGAUGGGAAUUGUAGUCUCAAAACAUCUGGAGGGCCGAGGUUGAGGAAGCCUGACUAAGAUAAUUAUAGCAUCCUAAUUGACAGAGGAGGGACGCGUGUGGCACUAUGGGCUAAACCACAGAGCCUAGGACUUGCCGAUCAGAAGGUCGGUGGUUCGAAUCCCCGUGACGGGGUGAGCUCCCGUUGCUCGGUCCCUGCUCCUGCCAACCUAGCAGUUCGAAAGUACGUCAGAGUGCAAGUAGAUAAAUAGGUACCGCUCCAGUGGGAAGGUAAACGGCGUUUCCGUGCGCUGCUCUGGUUCGCCAGAAGCGGCUUAGUCAUGCUGGCCACAUGACCUGGAAGCUGUACGCCGGCUCCCUCAGCCAAUAAAGCGAGAUGAGUGCUGCAACCCCAGAGUUGGCCACGACUGGACCUAAUGGUCAGGGGUCCCUUUACCUUUACCUAAUUGACAGAGGAUAUGAUUCAUGGGGACAAUGCCCCGUGUUGCCUGCUCAAAAUGUUAGGGAAGCAUUUGCAAUUUGAUUACAGUUUAUACAUGCUUUGCAGUGAAAAGAAUCCAUUUUAAAUCUGCUUUCUGCUUUGACUCAUUUAAAACAAAUGCAUUCAUGUCAGUGUAUUAAAUUAUGUUGCUUUUCCAUUCCAGAGUCUUCACUGUCUGUCCUUGUAGUGACUGCAACACAGUGUACUUUCAAGUGGGUUUAUAUUAUCAAAGUAGUUAGCCAGCUGCAUUCAGCCUUGUUAGUUAGCUGAGAAACUUGUUACUGUUGCAGUUUUGACUUUCUCUCUCACAUGUAUGCAUUUAUAUGUUGAUACGAUCUUUGGAGUUGGUUAGGAAUACAAUGUCUGCUUUGUAGCUGGACUUCCUCCUUUGAAAAAUAUGUCAGGGAAAUCCUCUGUUGGAAUACAGUUUCAUAGUGGCUGACAUCACUCUUUCAAGACAGAUAAGUUGUCUGGCAAAUCCCAAGAUCUAUAUUGCUACAAUAAAAUUGUAUUGUACAAUAAAAGUAGAGAGAAUGUCAAUAUGGGAAUGUCAGUAAAUAGGCAGAUUCAAAUUAUAUGUGAUUAGUUUGUCUUGUCUUCGGAGGCAGAGGAGAUGAUUCAUUGGGAUAUACGUAUAUCAUAUAUUUGAUAAAUGAGAUCAAAUACACUUCUGCAGAUUUCAUUCCUCCAAAAAUAGUUAUAAUGUCUCAUUGGUCAACAACCAGCUUUGCUUCAUUUUGGGAGGACAUUUCAGGCAUUAAUCUGUCGUUGCUGCUCUCAGUUUUAUAUAUUGAGAUAAUCAAAUGAUAAACUGUUGUGUUUCUGAUUAAAAGCAUUCACACAUUUGAGCUUCAUCUUGCCAUUCAAAUUUGAUCUCAGUGCAUGCAUUUGUAGUCCAAGACCAAAUCUGCUUUCCAUCUAUACCCUUUUGUCCUUGUUCCCACCUCCCAAUGUAUUGAUUCAUAUAUUUUAAUUUUGCACGAACAGGCCAUGCAUGCAGGAGUCAGCUGACUGACGUGUGCCUUUCUUUUAAUGUGUCUACCCAGGAAUUGCAUAAUAGCAAACAUCCAAGAAUUCUCUAUUCACUACAAGCUUGUGUGUGCAUACUUUACUUUAUAUUCAGUCAUAAAGUGACAGGCUUUCCUCACUCAAAAAUAGGAAGAUGGUUGUGGGAAAAACAGUACAGUGACAUACAGUGAAAACAACAGGGGGGAUAUGAUUAUGCCAAUAAAGGCUGAAUGAGUGAGUGAGUGAAUGAAGAGGGGGAAAUGAAGCAGGGAGAUCUGCAAAAAUAAUUGUUCUUCAGUUUUCCAGUAUUGCGGAAACAUUUUUAAAUUAUUUUUUUAUUUUAAAAAUGGCUGCAGUUGUGAUUUCUGGAGCUCGCUGGAAAUAGGCACUACACAACUGGAAUUAAGAGUGUUGUAUAUCAUUGUGGAAGAAAUUGAAACAAAACAGUAAUAUACACUGAGAUCAAAUUUUAUAAAGCUUUGGAGAAAUAAUUGUUUUUCCGUUUUUCAAUUGUCAAUAUUUCACAAAUCUGUCCCCCCUCCCCCAUGUAAAAAAGUACCCAAACCAACAGGGUUGUGGAAGCUCACCAGAAAUAGGAACGACUGCCGUCCGAGCAGUACUGGUUUUAGGAGGAUCUGGAGCAGUGGUUCCCAACCUUUUUUUGGCCAUGACCCACCUAACCAUCUCUAAAAUCCUGAUGCCCCUCCUCCAUGAUAUAAUUCUUAUUAUUCAAAAAACGAACUCCUAUUCACAUGGAGGAAGUCUAAAAGGCCAUUCAUUGUUCAUAACUCAUUCUCGAACUGCCCCCCUUAAAAAUCAAAUUGCCCUCCUUUGGGGGGGGGGGUGCCCCACGUUGGGAACCACGGAUCUAGAGGGCAUAGAAAGGGGAGCAGCAAAAAUGGAUGCUUGAGCCACUUCCAGGAAAAAAACUGUCUGCUGUUUCAAGUUGUGUGGUUUGGAGUUGUGUUUUCCAAAACUCAAUGGAUUAUCUCUAGAUUGAAGAAAUCCAAAAUUUCACAGGAAAGUUAUCAGGACAGGAACUAUUUGGGUAGGGUGCCAUGUGGACGACCUUCCAUAAAAAGGACUGCUAAUUGCUUUAUAUUAAACUCAAGUGUGGACAAACCCUUGGUUAAUGUUGGAGCUCACACAUAUUGCUUUUAAUUGCUCAUGAAACAGAACUCUGGGCAGAAAUCCUGUUGAUAUCUUUUUUUGGUUUAAUUUGUUAAAUACUGCUUGCAUGUAAUUUGUACAUAUACUUUGUUUGUACAUAUACUUUCUCCAAAUUUAAUUGCUUAUGUAGUUGGCUUGACUGGCCGUUUCCUGAGACAUUUAUAACCUAAUUGUGAAUGUGUGAGUUAGUGUUACAUGCAAAGGCAUUUUCUUGUGCAAAACAGGCUUAAUUUAGAACAUAAAUACAGAUUUUUAAAAACUUGCUUUUAAAAAAUGUAAAACAGAUGUUAGGGAUUUAAAAAUGGGUGCUGAAGAAAAUGUCUAAAACAGCCUAAUUUGAGGUGCUUUGGAGACUGUCUAGUUUGGUUUGGGUCCGAGUCUGAAUCCUGAUAUGAAAAAAAAUGAAGCUAUUGGACCAAGUUUGGAGACAAAGAGGUACAGCAGUAUCUGUUAGGGAUAUAUAUAUAUAUAUACUGUCUAUAAUUUUGACAGACAUGGAUGACACUUUCAGGCUUGUUACGCCUUCUGAGGGGAUGAAUCCUGCCAAACUUCAAAAGGAUACCUACAGUUGUUUUCCUACUAGGGCAAGAUUUAGAAUUUUGAGGAGGAUAAAGAAAAUGACUUGAUCUCUCUUAUUGCUUUGUGGGAAAUUUUGUAGGAAAAUAGCACCCACCAGAGAGAGGUGCUCCUAGAUAAGAAACCUGCCAAAUUACAGAUCUGGCAGGGUUGGUUUUUUUUUUAUGUGCUAGGUGUCUUUAAAGUUGGGUGGGGAUUUUUUGUGGGGUGAGGAUUCGCUUCCCUCUCUGCUGUUUUACAGGCAAAAACGUUAUCAUGAAAAUGGUAUACAUUGUAGAGGUGUCCCUAAGAAAGCAGUCUGCAGCUUUUCCAGAAGAAUGGGUGUAAGGGCUAUGGAGUUAUGAUGAAUAGGGUUGAGGGGAAGCCUUAGGCUUCUGUUCUGCCCCGUUGGCACUAAAAGUCAUAGGAACUGAAAGCAAAACUGAUUUGACAGGAGUGGAUGCGUGAGUAUGUGACUAAGAUGCAAAAGGACCUUAGUAUCCCACAUUUUUCCAGCUAGCUGUACUAGCAGGACCAACAAAGAGCACAGAUAAGAACAAGAUGAUGCAAGAUACAAGGUGAUAAUUGCAGCAUCCCUUUCCCAAAACACUGUGAUAGGAGAGCUCUGGAAAAACCAUUCCCUCUGAUUAGAAGCUAGAUCUGUGUGUCACCAAAGAGCUGUAUCCUCCUCCCUCUGCCCAUUCUGCUGUUUUCCUUAUGGCUAAUUUCUCUAAAAAAUCCCUGCCACAAGUCUCUUAAAACCUUUUCCCCAGAGACACUCAGUUUUUCUUUGUUUACUAAUUUAAAUAUUCCAGUAGCUGAAUCACUUUCGGCUCUGUCUGAUGUGCUGCUGUUGUCAUAGUUUUAAAAAACAAGACCUAAAGCUUUGGUUUCUACAAAUACUCUGCCUUUCAGUAUCCAUAGUGUCCCUUAUGUUAAAAAUAACAGUUGCCCAUUGAAAAUGAUUUUCCGUCAAGGCAUUUUUCUGACCAAACCUUGUCUGUGUGUUUUGUUGCAGAUCCCAACUAUCUCAUGGCUAAUGAACGCAUGAACCUGAUGAACAUGGCUAAGCUGAGCAUAAAGGGCUUGAUUGAAUCUGCUCUUAAUCUUGGGAGAACUUUGGACUCUGACUAUGCACCCCUCCAGCAGUUUUUUGUAGUGAUGGAACAUUGUCUCAAACAUGGCUUAAAAGGUGGGUGAUUGUGAUGGCAAACCUACUUGAGGGAUUAGGUCCACAAUGUUAAAUUGCUAUUCCACCGCUGCAUGUGGUCACUUUUUUUUUGGUCCUAUGCACAAAGCUGCCCACAGAAAUAAUACUUAUGUGGGUGUUAUUUUAUUUAGCAUAUUUUUAUUCUGCCCUUCUACUAUUUAGGUCUUCAAGGCAGCUUACAAAGAUGUUAGAAUAAAGUUGUUUUCAAUCAAAUUAGGCAGGGGCAGGCUUCUACGUGAAGGUGUUCCCACCCAUUAAUUUUCUUAGGGCCUAGAAGAAAUCAGCAGACUUUCUCACACUGUGCUCGCUGUCUGUUCUGGAGGUCCAGUCUACCCCCUGGUAUUGCCUUCCAGCAAUGCCACAGUGGCAGUAGCAGGACAAAGAGAGACGUCUCUGUAAAGUGUGUCACCCCACAACAAUAUGGGAGCGAAACAGAUAAGUGUCCUAGUCACAGCCAUUCCUGGCACACAGUUCUCUCUGUAAGCAACUGACCUGAUGGCACUUAAGAGCCAAUCACAGGAGGAGAGAGAGAGAAUUGCCCUACUGCCUGCUGAUAAUCAGGUUCUUCAGAAAAUUGAGGUUCUGGAGCCAAACCCAGCCCCUGAAGGGAUGCCAGUUGGCUCACCAGUUGCAGCCUAAAAUGGGGUGAGCGCGCAAGUGUUGACUCACAACCCCUCCCUCACUUCUCACAGGUGGAAAAAUAGUUCCUGUCUCAUCAUGCAUACUGUAGCAGAGACUUCUGUACUGGUUGCGAUAGAGCAGUAUUUUUUCAUUAAAGGCCUAAGCAAACUUUCCUUUUAUAAUGAGUCUGAAUCCUGGGACAGGAACUAUUUUUCCACCUGUGAGAAGUGAGGGAGGGGUUGUGGGUCAACACUUGCACGCUCACCCCCUAAAGUGGAUUUCUAGCAACUUCUGUUGCCAAAGAUGCCUCUUCCUGCACAACUCUUAUACUUCUAGUACUCACCAUGAAGUUGUUACAGUAAGUGCCACACUUUUUAACAACAACAAAAAAGAGGUGCUGGUGCUGCGUACCCUUGAGUAUCCCCUGGGGGAAAAAAGCACUGCAUUACAGUAUUUGCUGAAAAACUGCACUGGAGAGACACUCAAGUCUGAAAACAGGAAAUGAGAAAAGGGGGAAGAAAAAAUGAACUGCUUCUUUCUUCUCGUAAUUGCAUACCUGCUGCCAUCUGCAUGGCUCCUUGUCUGAAAUAAUUACACUGUUCGCAGAAGGAUUAUAGAGCACAACAGAGCAUAGGAUAAAGGUGAAGGAGCAGUGUAAAUGGAUUAAUAUUUUGGGUGGGCUGUUGUAUAUGAUUUGUAUUUCUAAGGCAAUUCACAUGAUCCCAUUGUAAUUUUAAGAUGUUGAUUCAGAUAUAAGGAGUAACAAUGCUUUUAUCUAGCCAAGAAGACUUUCCUGGGCCAAAACAAGUCAUUUUGGGGACCUCUGGAGUUGGUAGAGAAGUUUGUCCCUGAAGCUGGAGAAAUCACAGCAAGUGUUAAAGAUCUGCCAGGGUUGAAGUAAGUGAAGACUUUUGUCUACCCUUUCAACAAGAAGCUGGUCAGGCGUUUGCCAGGGAUGCUGUAGGGCAUUGGCCAUCAAGCAGAAGUCUAUUCAUCACACAAAUAGUUAGCAACUUGCCCAGCUUUCCACAGCUCCUCUGCCUUCGGUUUAGCUGCCUGUUUCCUGUCAUGUCUGAACUGGACUAAAAUGUCAACUCUGUGCGCAACAACAAUGAAACAGGCAAAUUCAGCAUUGCAAAUGAAGAGAUUUGAAAGCAAUAGCAAAUUUUAGAAAUCUGUUGGGCCAUAUUUGGAAUAUUAUGGUUCUGAUUCCCCCAACUAAAAACUAAUUUUCUUGCAUGGAGCAGGAAAAGAUCAUCUUAGUGAGCUACAGUCUGCAUCACUAAAAUAAAACAUUGUCUCAAUUUUACUAUUUAUUUUGGGUGUGGAAGUUGGAAUGUAGAUUAUAUAACAGCAUAUAUCUUUUUGUCUCUGGUAUUGAUAGGACGCCUGUGGGUAGAGGAAGGGCAUGGCUUCGCCUAGCUCUCAUGCAGAAGAAGCUUUCUGAGUACAUGAAAGCCUUGAUAAACAGAAGGGAAAUUCUCAGGUUAGUGGUUUGCUGUUUCUUGACCCAGAGAAGCCUUGCUUUCAAUAAAAGGGGAUUUAUUACAUAAGCAAAUUGUUUUCUGUGGGUAUCUUCUCUGUGUGCCUCUGUAUUCAUAAUUUGACUCAUUGUUGUUCUGGCACUUCCAGAGGUUGUUUUGAUAGCAGCAUGGGUGGAAUGUAUAAUCUGGUUUGGAGACUUGCUAAAUUGUCAUAAUUUCUUUGAAUACCUGCCUGCCAGCAUUGAGGGCUCUAGAAAGGAACUCAAAGGUUUCCCGUAGACACGACUUUGCCCUACACCGAGAAGGAAAUGUGUACAUGGUCACAAAUUUUUGAAAGCACUUAAAAUUUUACUAGACAUUUUACUGUAGAAAAAUAAGAUAAACAGGUUCCUGUCUGCAGGCUAACCUUGCAUAUGAAAUGAAGUGAGACUUAAUCUUGCUGGCAGUAAAUGGAUUGCAGUUCAGGAGAGUGGGAAUGCACAGCAGCUGCCCGUUCUAAACUCUGUGGGUGUGUUUGUGCAUGCGCACACACACAUUCUCUCUGUUUGCUCUUGAGCCACUAUAGGUCAGAAAUACACAUAUAGAAUCAUAGAGUUGGAAGGGACCACAAGGAUUGCCUAGUCCAACCCCCUGCAAAUGCAGAAAUCUUUCACCCAACUUGGGGCUUGAACCCAUGGCCAUGAGAUUAAGAGUCUCAUGCUCUACCAACUGAGUGUAGACUAUAGGUAGAUAGAUUCAAUGUAAAUAAUGCAUGCGGUGAUUGCCUUCUGUUUUCUUUUAAAAGAAUAUAGUUAUGGAAAACCAUUUCCUUGCUCUUAAUGUUUUCGGAAUUUUGAAUUUUUCUCUAUUUUUACAUGCCUGAUGGUUAUUCACAAUGACCUUGAUGCAAGCAAGCCGUUCAGACUUCUAACAUGGGCCUCCUCUUGCACAUGUGUCAUGAUCCCAUCCUAUCUCAUGCGGUCUCAUGAGCCAUGAAAGAAAAGUUUCCGUUUUAAUCCUGAAAUGACGCCAUGGCAAAUACUGGAGCUUUUCUACCAUGACCCCAAGUACUUCCCGCACUUACUGCUAUUUUAUUUUAAUAUAACAUCCAGGAUGAAGAAGAGCCCUAUAAAACUUGCUGACUGCUUUCAUAGAAUCAUGGAACUAUAGAGUUGAAAGGGACCCUGAGGGUCAUCUAGUCCAACCCCCUGCAAUGAAGGAAUUCUGUCUACAGCUGUCCCAGGGUGGGCGCCAACCACCAACCUUCUGGCUUACAGACGGACACACUGACCCAUUGUGCCAUCUCUAAGCCAGUGUUGUAAAGUUUUGAUUGGUUGACAUUUUGAUUUAUUUAUUUAUUAAUUCUGAAAGCCUAUAAAUGAUAUAUUUAUAAAAUUCACUUUAUUUUGCAAUGAAAGUGGCAGGAAAAUAAAACUUUAAUCAGUUUAUCUUCCCUUUUGCAAGUUCUCAAUGGACAAAAGAUGGGGCAGCCAUUAUUUUUUCCAUACAGUGCCACAUAGCAUCAUUCCCUGGGAGAGGCAUUUUCGUUCAGCCACUCUCAAAGUGCAGAGUAGCCAGGGGAGUGUAACUAAGCCGCUUAGCGAAUGAAAAAUGUUUUUAGAAGGAAAGAAUGCAUUCCUGGCCACCUUGUGUAAUUGUUUGCAAUAGAAUACCCCCCUCCAAAAGCAAGGUAUAUUCAUGCCCCUCUGAAGUUAUCAAAAUUGCCCCACAAAUCUCUCUGUAUGUAUUGAGGGAUGAAGGAUCUGUAUCAAACCCUAAUAAUCCUCUGCCCCAUUCUCCUAGCCUUGUUUUAAAGUUGGAAUCCCUGCUUCCUGUGAUUGAAUAAUGUAGAUAAUUGAACAAGGAUUCUCUUGCAGAGUGACUGGCUUGGCUUCCAACGCCUCCUGGCUAAUCAUCACAAACUACCGUAAAACUUAAAAGCUUUCUUAUCAACUCAUCCACUAGGCUGAGCAGUAAAUAACCAUGAGUAGAUUUGUUGAAGUCUGGAAUAUAGUGAUUUGACAAGCUUUAUCUCAACUUGUUUUGCAGUGAGUUUUAUGAACCUAACGCGCUAAUGAUGGAAGAAGAAGGUGCCAUAAUUGCUGGUCUUUUAGUAGGUCUGAAUGUAAUUGAUGCAAACUUUUGCAUGAAGGGAGAAGACUUGGAUUCACAGGUGAUGGAUAUUUUGUUCCCCUAUAUAUUCUCUUCAGUUGUGUCCAUUUGGCUCUUGAGAAAGUUUUUUAAAAAAGGGAAAAAAGGCAUAACUGGGAUGCAAUUUGGCUAGUCAGUGGCUGCUACACAAAUCAAGAUUCACUGAACUCUAAAUAAAGGAUUUUCCUACUUGUUGAGGUAUUUUUUGCUUAGGGAACUAAGAUACUUUGCGUUUUGGUUUUGUAUUUUCUUGGCAUUUAUCAGUGAAGAGGGUUUUUGUUUUUUUAGGUUUUACUGUAUGUCUGUUUCCAUUUGAAACAAUAUAGCUGUUCUCUGCACAUCUCUAAGCAGCCGUUUCUUCGUUCUUGUUACUAAUUACUUUAAACUAGUAAAAUAGCCUGUUAGUUUCUUUUCCUUUGUUCUGAUUUGAAGUGAAAGCAGAAAAAAGGAAGUCGUCUCAGAACCAGGUGAAAGCAUCCUCAAGGGAAAAUCUGUACUUUGUGCUUUAAAAAAAAAAAAAUCUGUUGUGUUGAGCAAACACACAUUUUUCUGUACAGAAUCACAAUUUUUGAAAUUUUUUAAAAAUAUUGACUUGCUCAGUGUUCAUGAAUAAUUCUUGGACUUCUGAGAAAGUUGAAGUAUGAUAGGAGGGAGAGAUGUGAGGGUAAGUGAGGGGCAUUCAAAACAUCUAUCUGCACGGACAGCUGACUGUGAAGAUGUCAAGCUAAGCUGCCCUUCUCAAGCAGUGUGCAAGUUCUUCCAUACCAUGGGGCCUAGAAACCUGCAUGUUUAAGAAAGUUUAUGGGAUCCAUAUUCUUUGCUGGCUUCUAGAUUUAUGGAUAUAGAAUUGUAGAGCAGGAGUCACCAACAUUUUAAAGCCUGUGGGUGCUUUUUCAAAUUAGAGAAAGUGUUGUGGGCCCCACAAAGGCACUGUAUCCAAGUACACAUCACAGCUUAUUCUGUUAGCUACAAAAGAAUGCUUUUUCAAGUCUAAUUCCUGAAGAGUAUGCAUUCCCUGUGGGUGUCAGGAAAGCGAUAUGUGCACCCGCAGGUGUUACGCUGGUGACCUUUGUUGUAGAGGAUUGAUAACCGUGUCUAUUUUUGAACAGAAGUAGAUCUCAUUUGCAUUUUCUGUUCAUAUAUAUUUGGAUGUGGCCUGGGAAAAAAUGUGUCGGCUAUGAUCUGUUGUCCUACCCUACUUCUAAGAUGCUGUCUGCAGAAGAACUGGACUGAUAUUAAUUUAAAUAUAGUUCCCAUCUUCUCUGGGUAUCUGGGUUUCAUUCUUAGUAGGAAGAAACACACUGAUGGCACACUGCGGCCAUGAUCCAGCGAGAUGAAUUACUCACUUGCAUGCAGUAGUGUGCUUUCACUGGGGUUUUCCCCAUUUCAAACAGCUGUUUAAAAGACCAUUGGUGAUGUGAGAGCUGCUGCUGAAAAAGUAGAAAAUAGGAAGAUCUGAGCACGCAAAGCUGGCUCAUCUACCUGAUUAUUGCCCAUGUAAUCAUAAUAAGGCACUCAAUUUUUCAUGCAAGAAGAAAUAUAGUUGUGUUUUGACCUGAAGCAUUACUGACUUCUCUUGUAGGUUGGAGUUAUCGAUUUUUCAAUGUACUUAAAGGAUGGGAACAGCAGCAAGGGAAGUGAGGGGUAGGUAAUCUUUCUCUGGACUAGUGCAUCAGAAUGUUCUAUGAAACUAUAUAUUAGUUUGAACUUAACAAUUAUGCUGCUUUGUACUUUCCCUCCUAAUAAUAGCCCCAGCAUUCAAUUACAGGCUUAACACAAUCUCAUUAACCUUUUGGGAGACAUUGUAACCACUAUAUAAAUUCAAAACUGUUUUGGGGUGGGAUCUGCUAAUAUUAGUGUUAAUAUUGAAGCCUUGAAGGUUUACUUCUUUCCUGAAAUAGGCUGUACUAAAGUGAUCUGAAUGCCAAAAUAUUUAGCUCUGAAGUACAGAUAUGGAGCCUGAAAACACGUGUGCCUAUAUUCUUUUCUGUUAAAGAAAUUUAAUACAGCAGCUGUGACUUAACUUACACAGAUGCAAGAUACUGUAUGAGAAGGUGUUGACAGAAAUACUAGCACAGUUAUUAAAUUAAUGUCCCCUUUGGUUACUACUUCUGUCACUUUAUUGUUUAGUUUUUAAAUAAAUUGUCUUUUGCUUUUGUCAUGUUUACUAUUCAUCAUUCUCACUCAUACAUACUUGGAAAUCAAGGUUUUGCUUUCAGUGGUUCAACUCAAGUCUUGUUUGAGCUUCUAAACUUACAACAUGCAAACCAUGGUUUGGAGCUACUUGUCAGCUUUUGAGUUUUCUCAGCACUCAGCUUGACGAAUUCACUUCUGUCCUUGUGGUACAGCACUCUCUGGAUUUUGAAUGCUGGACGAUGAAUGAUGAUCGUAGGCUUGUUAAUUGAGACAUCAUACCAAACAAUAGCUAACAAAAACUUUGGUUUGCAAACACAUUUCAAACCAUGUUUUUAAAUUCUGGUUUGCUACCUGGUUAUAAGCCAUUGUUUGUUCAUUCAGAUAUCACACCAAACUCUACUUAAGCUUCUCUAAUCAUAGUUUGGAAUAAUGUUGGAAUUAAGUCCAGUUUGUCUGAUUGUUAUGGAAUGGUGUUAUAAUGUUUGCUAAACUACAGUUGCUUUCAGUCUUUUUUCUUUUCAUAAGUACAACGACAAUAGAACGAGUCCCCCACCUCCCCAUCUGGUUCAUAUGUAUUUGAUAUAUAAUGUUGAGCUGCUAUUUCUUAUUAUUAAUUGUGUCCCAAUUCCAGAGAUGGUCAAAUUACUGCAAUUCUGGACCAGAAAAAUUAUGUGGAAGAGCUGAACAGACAUUUAAGGUAAUGUGCAGUUUUCCUAUAUAAUUAUGACCUGUAAAAGACUUGGUUUGUUAAUGUUGAGUUCUUUCAUUUCAGUAUAAUUACCGCAGGUCUCUUAAUUUCACAGUGCCACAGUCAAUAAUCUGCAGGCGAAAGUUGAUGCUUUAGAAAAAUCCAAUACUAAACUUACUGAGGAGGUAGGUAGAAAUCAAAGAAAUGUGCUUUUUGCUCAUGUUUGGGAGGGAAAUAUGUUUCAGGUAUUAAGUUAAUUAGAACUGAAUGUUUGAUAAUUUUUCUCACAUGGACGGAAUACCUCUUUUGUAGUGGAGCAUGAUGAGGCAGAUAUAAAGGUAAAGGUAAAGGACCCCUGACAGUUAAGUCCAGUUGCGAACGACUCUGGGGUUGCGGCACUCAUCUUGCUCUACUGGCCGAGGGAGCCGACGUUUGUCCGCAGACAGUUUUUCCGGGUCAUGUGACCAGCAUGACUAAGCCGCUUCUGGCAAAACCAGAGCAGCGCACAGAAACGCUGUUUACCUUCCCGCCAGAGCGGUACCUAUUUAUCUGCUUGCACUUUGACGUGCUUUUGAAUUGCUAGGUUGGCAGGAGCUGGGACCGGGCAACGGGAUCUCACCUCAUCGCAGGGAUUCGAACCGCCAAACUUCCGAUCGGCAAGCCCAAGGCUCAGUGGUUUAGACCACAACGCCACCUGCGUCCCAAGGCAGAUAUGGAACCCUGUAAAAACAAAAACAGGCAUUUUCCUUCAAAACUUCUGUGUGUAUGCAAAUUGUAUGCAUAUUUUAGCAAGUUAAUGCAGGAUGGCUGACCAGCUAAAAGCCCAAUCCUAUUUGUAUUUACUCAGAAGUAAUUCUCAAACAUUUUACUAGUACAAACCAAACAAAUAACAUUAUGGUCUGGAGAUGUCAGGUAAAGGACUAUUUUGGUACAAGACUUGGCAGACACCUACCCCAAGGAAGGCAUAUGUUGGUAAGGACAGGAAUCAUGAACAUGGAAUGGUAGGUUAGAGGAAGCAGGAAUACGAAGUUGUGGGCAGAGUGGUCCAAAAGGCCUGAUCAGGGAGUCCAGCACAGGUUUAGGGAACAUGAAAGUCUGGGUAGCUUUGGUUCUUCUUUGGUCUUGGUUUGAGGCCAUUAAGAACUGUCAGGACCAGAGGUUGCUACACCUUUCUUGAGCAACCUGUCACAGCUAUCUUCUACUGGCCAACUUUUGUAUGUGUAAGAUUUCUCAUGAUUUGUCUUGGCAUUAAGCAAUAGGAGUUCCGCAGUUGCCCUAGUCCAAGUUCAUUUUAACUCUUGACCAAGAAAGUCACAAAAAGUGUUGUUUUUCACUUGUUGCAUUGUUCUCAUUGACACACACAGCUUGCUGUUGCAAACAACAGAAUAAUAACACUGCAAGAAGACAUGGAGCGAGUCAAAGAAGAAAGUUCAUAUAUUUUGGAAUCCAACAGAAAGGUCAGUGUGUGAGAGUGUGUUUGUGUGUGUCUGGCAACUGCGGGUAGAUCAUGUCCCACUGCGUCACUGCCAUGGAGUUGCCUGUACGUAGUGCAACUUACUUUUCUAGGAUCUGAAGGCAUUUUACUGCAACGUACCUUAUUUCUCCUGUUCUCUGCCUCUGUUAUACUGUGAUCUAUCCAGUAUGUGUAUUGACGUGCCAAAUUAUAGAGCUCCCCUUGGAGAACUUAGGUUGCAGAAGGAUCCUUGUGCUGUCAUUUGCUUGCAUGCAUUAAAAUCUGAAUGUACGCUAUCCAUUGCGAACACACACUGAUGUUUAAAUAAUUAGUGUGGCCUUAGGUAUCCAAGUAGCUACACAGAUAAAUUAACAAAGGUGAUGUUUUUGCAUGAACUUAGCCAAAAGGGAAAAAUCAGAAGUGACAUCAUUUAAUCAUUGUGAUAUUUGUUGAGUACCAAAAACACAACAACAAAACCCCAUUGCUUUUCUGAUUUAACAGCAGGUACCCAAGCAAGACAGAACUGCAGAUGGACAUGCUCUUAGUGAAGCACGGAAACACUUAAAGGAAGAAACACAGCUGCGGCUGGUAAGUGGCACAGCUCAACGCUCAGGUCUAAGAGACUGUUACAAGCCCUGGAUCUCUUGCUGUAUGAACAUUUUCCCAUAUUAAUGGAGAGAAGUAGCAUUCAUGGUAAGCUGGAUUCUACUUAAUCAGAUGUGAGAAACAUCACUUUGAUAAAACAGAGCGGAGCCUACAAAGGCUCGCCUCACAAUAAAUUCAGUAGCAUUCAAUGUGCUAAACUAGCACUGCUGCUCUUCUGGAUUUGUAUAGAAAAUUCACCUUUCAUUUUCUGUGCCGGAGGAAUGGACAAUGUGGGUAGAUUUUUCAUAUUCCAGAUUUCAUAUAUAUGUAUGCAUGUGUGUGUGAUUUAGGAUGUGGAAAAAGAGCUUGAGGUGCAGAUUGGAAUGAGACAAGAGAUGGAACUGGCCAUGAAGAUGCUGGAAAAAGAUGUCUGCGAGAAGCAAGAUGCACUGGUGGCACUCAGGCAGCAGCUUGAUGAUCUCAGGGCCCUAAAACUCGAACUUUCCUUCAAGCUGCAGGUAAGCAAGCAAGACCAGGUUGGCUGCUAGGUCAUGACUCACUCCUCUUAGCUUUAUGGUGGAAAAUAUGCAGGGUUUGGAUAUGAGACACCAAGGUUCAAAUGCUUGGUCAGCCUGAAGUUCAGGAAGAGGACCCUCGGCAUUCUCAACCUCACUUGGCUUGCGUGGUUAAAUGUUAUUAUUUCCCCUGAACUCUUGCGGCAUUGUAUGCAUAAGAAAGAAACAUAGUGCUGUAGUGUAGGACAGCAGUCAUCUUGGGCCCUGCUCUGUAGGGUAAUUUAAAUGUAUUUCUCUGUGAAAGGACACUUAACAUCAUCUCUGUACUGCACUGUGCUCCUUUUACAAUUUCUCCACAUGGAACUAUCUGGGCUGGAGCAGAUAUCACAACAGCUACACCUUACUUCUGAGUAAGAGGUUGGGAAAGAACUGGGGGGAUUUGCGCUCUUUCCUCUGUCUGUCUGUCUGUCUGUCUCUCACCCCCCCCCCCAAUCUCUCUUGCUAAUUUUUCCCUGCCAUGGUUCAGUGUUGCACAUGGAGUGCUUAUAACUCAGCAUUUGAAUUCAGGGCCUGUUGCUUCUCCCUUAUUUGGUUAAUCAUAGUUAUAGUGAUACCAUUUAGUCUUGCACAAGCUUUACAUAGAUAAGAUCAAAAGCCUUGAAGUAAACCUUGUGUUGAGAAUCUUAAAGCCUUCAAAUUUUAAUUACUGUAUGUUCAAUGUGUAUUUACAAUACUGUAAAUUAUUUACAUUAUGUAAACAUUAUUUACAAUAAUGUUUGGUCCUAGCUCCUGCCCACCUAGCAGUUUGAAAGCACGUCAAAGUGCAAGUAGAUAAAUAGGUACCUCUCCGGCGGGAAGGUAAACGGCAUUUCCAUGUGCUGCUCUGGUUUCGCCAGAAGCGGCUUAGUCAUGCUGGCCACAUGACCCGGAAGCUGUCUGCGGACAAACGCUGGCUCCCUCAGCUGCAACCCCAGAGUUAUUCGCGACUGGACUUAACUGUCAGGGGUACCUUUACGUUUACGCCACUUCAGCACAGCUUUGUGAAGCUGGUCGUUGCAAUUUCAAUUCUGUAGCGAGGCACUGUGGCCAGUAGUGUGAUUUGGCAAAGACCAUGCACUCAGCUUAUGCUUGAAAUAGGACUUGAACUCGUGUCUCCCUUUUUUUUGUCCUCUGGGAUUUCCAGGUCUUCAUUUUAAAAUCACUGCAACUAUUCAGUGUUUGUGCAUUUUUCUCUCAGUUUGGUACUUUGGCAUCAACAAUACUCAGUCAACAGCAAGAUGCAGGUGACUGCUGCAUAAACAAAUAAGGAUGGUGUUGUGACUUUUUGCCUUCCUAGAGUUCUGACCUGGGAGUGAAACAAAAGAGUGAACUAAACAGCCGCUUGGAGGAGAAGACAAAUCAGAUGGCUGCUACCAUUAAACAGCUCGAACAAAGGUAAGAUUGAAACUUGCUUAGUAAGCGAAACACAAAGUUGGCCUUCAGUUGAGUGUUUUUUUAAAAGAUACUCUUAAUGUACGUAUUUUUUGGAUAUUUGAAAAUGGAGCUUAAGCAUUUUCAACAUGGUGCACUACAAAGCAUUACCCUGAAGAAGCAGACACAAGUAAUUUCCUCCGUCUCCUUUGUGUAUAGUGAGAAGUUAGGUAAAGUGGGCUGAUUAUCCAAUACGUAACCUGGAAAAAGGAAUUUGGCCUAGUGAGGACUGCAUGGCAGUCAUGGGUAUGACCGCAUCACACAAACAUGCACUGUUUCUCUCUCACACAUACACACACAAGAUAUGAAGCUCCUCCUCCUUCAAAUGAUCAAUCUGAUGACUGCGGAGGGGUUGAUUCACAUUCCCAUCAGGCUGCUGGACUUGGCAGAAAGGUUUAAACCAUGCCUACUUUCAUCCCCCCCCCUUUUUUUUUUACCACUGCUGCCAAAAUUGAGGAGUUCUUGAUGAGACCAGAGAACUUGUUUGGAAGGGCCACCCCAAACCGGGGUGUAGCUGCCCCUGUUUGAACGCUGAACCUUGCAAAUACACCAGAUUUAGCCGUACUGAAAUAUCUAUUGCUAUAUCCACUGCUGUUACUGAAUGGAAAUCAAGACUGGUUUCUUAACACAUACAUAGUUGGUGUUUGUAUUUUCAAGGAAAGCAUUGACAUUGAAAUAUAUUGUCAGAUACCUGUUAAAUUAACUGGUGUUUUCUUCUGCUGUCAAUUUUCUCCUCUUCUCUCCCUCCAUUUCCCCCUUAUCAUCUCCUUAUCAUCAUAUAGUGAAAAGGAUUUGGUGAAACAGGCAAAAACCUUAAAUAGUGCAGCAAACAAACUGAUUCAGAAGCCCCAUUAGGCAUUUUUUUUUUUGCAGCUGGUCGCCUCACAACUCUUGACAUCUCAGUUCAGUUAUGAGGGGAAAGCAAAAAGAGAUUGAGAAUUUAGAUGUCAGACUUAAAUGUUGUCACCUAAAGUUGACUUGGAAUUUGGUGGAUUUCUUUUUCUUUCUUUUUUUAAGCAUCUGUUUUGUUUGGAAAUAGAAAAGGUAGCCUAUAAUCUUCCUUCCCUUAGUUAUUUGUUGCUUAAACUUUACUAAACUACAAAUGAUUUGACCAGAACCUACUCCAUAAAAUCAUAAGUAAAAACAGAUUUGUGGGUCUGUACAUACAAUUGAUACCAAGUGUAUACAGCACAAGCUUUUUACUCUUGGCAGGAUAUUGGAAAAGUGUGAAGCUUUCCCCCUGAAAAUUCUCAGAUUCGCGGGAAGCUGAGGUAGUUUCCUCUGUUUCCCUGUUGUGAAGUGUAUGAAGAAAAUACACACAUGGAAGUUAAAGCAGUUGGGUGCCUGCUGCAAGCCACGAACGUUUAGCUUUUCUGUCCCAUUUGAUCUCAAGACCAGGACAAGCUCACCUCGGAAGAACUUUCCAUUAGAAGGGCCUAGUCCUUGUUUACCAAAGGCUUGUCUGCAUUGCACGUUUCCCACCCCCACCCCAACUGUGCAUUUAUCACAAAUUUAUGUAGACGGAAAGUGGGUCUGAUAUGCACAGUGUGCUCAGCACACAGCUCAAAGGAUGCACCAGUUCACAGAUAUUGUGCGUCCAACCACCGCAGCUGAAAUGGGGCGAGAUUACACUGUUUUGCUUUAUAGCAGAACAAAAUGUGUUUCUGCUUGGACUUGCUCUUUUCACCUUCUCUCAAUUGCAUUUACAUACAAUUGUCUUGUUCGUUGUCUUUUCCCACUUGCCCAUUCCGAUGAUCCCACAACCCCAUUAUUUUGAUAUAAUCCACUGUACAUGGACGUAAGGAAAUAUCCAGAGGAGGGCAGUAAUAAUACAAAACAAAUAAUGCAAACCAAAAUUGUAACGAACUGUAACCAGAAUAUUUUGCAGUGCAAGGACGCACUAAAACAAUGCGCCAAUACCAACCCUUUUGCAUUAGAGAAAGACAUAUUCAUUCAACCCCCUCCAGUGACAUGGAUGCAACGCCUAGUCACUAGGUAUAUUUUAAAAUGGAAAGCCCUUUUUGUUUCUGCAUUGCCUUCUACCUCUGCCUUCAUUUCCCUAAAAAAUAAACAGUGGUUCUCUUUUCUAGAAGGACUCUCAUAAUAGGUGUGUGUUAUCUUCUCUUCCUCUUUUAGGAAAGAUGGAAUAAUGUAUUUUGCAGAACAGUUCAUUAUGGUUCUUACCUUGUUUAAGAGGAUGAAUGGAACUGGUAGUGUUUUACUGCUGGUCAGUCAUUGACUCAGAGUAGCUACAGCAUACGAUAACUAGAUCGUUAUUGCUUAAAGUUGCCUUUUGAUCUUGUUAACUUUUGAUUCUAAGUGUUUGGUUCAAACAGGGGACUUACCGAAAGACCGACUAAAACCUAGAAAGCAUAGGAAAACACCUUGCUGGAACUCAAAAUAACAUUAUUUUUUUGUUUUGGGAUUAAAUUAGGGGUCUUUCUCAUGACUGCAAGAGUUCACUGUGCUAGUCCCUAAACAGCCUUUAGUGUGUAGAGAGUCAUUAUCAAUACUCGUCCAGCUGUCCAAAUUAGUUUUACAGUUUUAAAUAGUCUGUUGUUCUUUUUUCAGUUCCCUCCCUUGGAAAUCUCCUGUUUUGUGUUCAAGCAAAAUGGGGGAAAUUGACUUUUUAAAAGAUGGGGGAGGGGAAUAAUUGGCUGAUUUUAGAAUCUAGGGGGCUGAAUCUUACUCUUGUAUUCCUUGUAAAACUGGCAGAGCAGAUGUUUUGCUCUUUUCCUUUAAAGUAAGAAUCCUUAAGAAUUACACUUUGGUGUGGCAUGUUUGUAAUUGUACCCAGUUAAUUUGGAGCAAUGUCUAUUUAGGCACCAAUUUAAAUUCCAUCCUAAAGUAAACAUGUUUCAUUAAAAUGUCCAAUUUGGUGGCGAGGAUUAUUACGAUGCCACACCCCUCUUGUAGUUAGGAUUUAGCUUUCAGACUUGGCUGGCUUAACAUAGGCUGCGCUAUGAUUAUCAUGCUUAGAGAGGACAAGGGAACAAAUACACAGCUUCCGAAUUCUAGCCCAUAAUUCCUUCUGUUUAAAAUGUCCUUUGAAGUGAUGCUUCAGAGUCAUACCUGGUUCCUGCUAGUUGGCCGUAGGAUGCCUUAGUUUGAGUGAGAACAGAGGAUGGUCGCUUAGAAUAAUGGUUGGAAGCGGAAGCUGUCACCAUCUUAGCCCUUCAGAGAAUGGUCUGGUGGACUUUGUUCUGGUUAAGGAAGAGAAAAUGUUAUUUUGCUGAUUGAUCUUGACGGUGAUUUGCUAAUGAGUCAGUCCCCUCUGUCCCUCUCUUCUCCACACUGUUGGCUUGAAUUGCUGUGCUUCUGCCAGCCACUCACCAAGAAACGGUCAGGAUGUCGAACUGGGCACAUGAUACAGUUCUUCAUACUGUUGAGAGUUUGUGACAGUGGGAUUCUUUCAAGGAAGUGAUGCCCCGUCAGCAUCCUGAGCUGGUAAAUGGAGGACUGUGCCAUAUGCCUGAUUAAAUCACGUUUGAGUCUGUUUGAAGAUGGUAUUUCAGAGGUGGACUGGAAUAUGUGAUAGCUCCAUAAUUUUUGCUGAGUGACUGCCUCUAUUUGUCCACCCUACAGUUAGGCCACUGUGCUGAGUAUAUGCCACAUAGCUGGUGAAAACAUGCAGUCUGAAAUCAGCCCCUCUGUUGUGAAAGUGCAUUUCUCUCCCUGCCCCCCCCCCCAGUUGCAGUGAUGCCUCAAGUAGAUUGGGAAGCCUAAAUACUUGUCCACGACUUUGUAUCCACUCUGGAUCCGUGUGUGUUUAACCUGAUGUAACAGUUGUGGAAGAGACCAGACAAAUGCACUAAUUUCUUAAUAUAGUAGGUAACCCAUGAUGCAAGUUCCAAUUACUUGUAUAAAGCUGCAAUGUAACGUAAAUUUAAAAGAAAUGACUUACAAAUACUGUGUAAUUGAGAUUUGCUUUGACUAUGGAUAAAAGUGAUGUUUUAUGUUUAUCAUCUAAUGACUGUAAACUGUAGUUAUAGAAUAAAAAAAAUUGAAAAUAGAAGUUUCUUCUGCCUGGUUCACCUCCAUUUUGAUUUUUCUUUAGAUUUCUUUUGGUUCCCCCUCUCAUUUCCUGUUCCCAUACGUUUCCUCUCACCUUUCAUUGGGCUCAGUUUUUUCUUUAAUUUAUUGUUUAACCUCAGUCUUCCUCCCCACCAUGGCUUUUGUUUUUUAUCACAAGUUCAUGUGGCUCAAAUCCAGAUUGCAACAUGCAGAGAAGGAGCGUCAGUCCCUGGAGGAAGACAAUCGGCUCUUCAAGCAGGAGUUUGGGGAUAAGAUCAACAGCCUUCAGAUGGAGGUGGAACAGCUCACCAAGCAGCGGUGAACAGAACUGAUUUAUUUGUGUGUGAUUUUAUUGAGCAGCCUUUUUCCAGCUCUGCUGGAACAUUUUGCAUGUUCUGCGCAUUUUGCAGGAUUCCUCACAGGUUGUCCUAGCAAGCCUCUCCAAAACGAGGGUGACAUUUUGAAAUUUCCAAACUGUUAAGUUCUUGUUUGUGUAAGUCCAUAUACAUCUUUCAGUAGAAUCAUAGAGCUGUAGAGUUGGAAGGGAAAACUAUGAUCAUCUCGUCCCAUCCCUGCAAUGCAGGAAUCUUUUGCCCAACGUGGGGCUCAAACCCACAACCCUGAGAUUAAGAGUCUCAUGCUCUGCCAACUGAGCUAUCUCAAAGCUUAAGGCUGAAGAAGAGCUUCUUCCCAUUAGUGUAGCCAGCCAAUGUAAGUCAGUACAGUUGGACCUCGGAAGUCGAACGGAAUCCAUUCUGGAAGCCCUAUCGACUUCCGAAAGGUUCAGAAACCAAGGUGCAGCUUCCGAUUGGUUUCCGAUUGCACAGGCAUGCCAGAAACAAUAGCAGAAGCCAUACCGGUUGUUGAGCUUCCAAAAAAAGAAAACCGGAACACUUCCGGUUUUUGAUCGUUUGGGAGCCGGAACGUUCGACUCCCAAGGCCUUUGGGAGCCGAGGUAUGACUGUAAGUCAUAUGGCUUUUAAGAGUUGUCUCCUCCAUCUUCAGCAGCGGCCUGUGUGCUGUGUGCCUAGAGAUCUGCCUGGAUUGUCACCCAUGUGUGCAAAUCUGUGGGCCACUUUAGAAGAACCACAAGUGAAUGUUUUAAACGAUGCCCACACAAACGGGCAUACUCAUUCACCAUGCCUUAUGUUCUUGGCCUUUGUGAUACUCGUGCACAGCUAAUAUUGAUCCUCUACCUGUUCAUGCAGGAGACAUGAGAAAUCAUAAGCUGUGCAUAGAACCUGCAAGUCUCCACGCAGGGGAAGUGUCGUUGAUGCGCACUGUUCCUGCGUGCAGUGGUGAAUCAUGGCUCAUGUGCCUCUGGAUUUACCCAUGUCUUUCUGUGUUCACAUUGAGUACAUAAUGAUGUAUUCUGUCAUGGAUGCAUUAGCUGAGAUUCCUGCAUUGCAGGGCGUUGGACAAAAUGAUCCCCAGAACCUCUACAAUUCUAUGAUUCUAUGUGCUCUGGCAAUUUAAGAAUGAAAUGAAAUUGGUCAAUGCAGGAACGUAGGAAGUUGUCUUAUACUGAGUCCGACCAUUGGGCCAUCUGACGUAGCGUUGUCUCCAGUGGCUGUCUAGGGCUUCAGGCAGGAGCCAUUUCCAGCCCCACCUAGAGAUGCCGGGGAUUGAAUCUGGGACAUUUUGCAUGCAAACCUGAUGCCACACUGCUUAGCUGGGUACCAGCAAGGCUAGCAGAGUCAGAGGAGGGCAAGGCAUUUACAUGCCUAAAGGAGGGGUUACAAAGUUUGGCAUUGGGAUGGGCCAAGGGUGCGACUCGGAUGCGAUGCCGUUUUCUUCAGAGGGGUCGUUUUUGAAAUUCUCAAUCUGGAGCAUAAAAAAUAGGAAACCUUUCCUUCUUUCAGUGGCCUUUUUUAUUGGGUCAGUAAACUACAGCUUGUCCUUAACACACUUUCUCUCCACGCUGCUACUUCAGGGGCCAGCUGGAACUGGAACUGAAACGGGAGCGAGAGCGAUGGUCACAUUUCCACCCUGGAAUUCAAGAGAACAGAAGUUUGCACAGCCAAAGCAAAGGAUUCCAGAAGGCCGGAUUUAAAACAGUAAUGUUCUUCUUCUGCUUCUUGGUGCUUAACUGUAGCUUUAAUUCAGUUACUCUUUUUAACCUGUUAGGAUUCUUCUUAUUUUACUGUUGCUGUUGUUGAGGUUUGUGUUUCCUGUUGGUCACAGUGAAGCAUAAGUAUACUGUAACAGCUUGAGGUGAUUCAAAGCUGGUGAAUUUCCUGCAAGGACAUUGCUAGGUUAUUUAAAAGGGCACAGACCCAGAGCACAAACGUGCAUUAGCUAAUUUGUAGGUCUAAAUGUAAAUUUAGGACUUUGAGUAUACUUAUUUGUUUAUUUAUAAGCUCUUUAUAUACCGCCCUUAAAAAUUAAAAAAUCAGGGUGGUGUACAGCAAUAUAGAAACACUAAAGGAAUAUUAAAAGCAGUAGAGAAAAAGAAUUACCAUUACUGGCUGCUCAAGAAUAUUUUAAACAACUAUAUCGAGAGAUGUCUUUAAGUCAAAAGUGAGGGUGCCGGAAAAGUGUCCCACAGCAUGGGACCUGCAACGUUUAAUGCCUGAUUAAGAUGGUGAGUGGCUAGGGUCUCACUAGCACCGUGGCAAGUAGUGUGGGUUUUUUUAAGUUAAAAAAACAGACGGGGGGAAGGGGCAGGUGACCUGGAGGUUGGCCCCUGAACUGCUGCUGAUAAAAUUCCCCUGUGCACGUGCAAAUUGCAUGUAGAAAAAAGUAAAAAAGGUAAAAGCAGCCUGCAAAUCGUCCAUCGAUCCUCAUGUGUGAUGAUAGGUGCCUGUUUUGUUGCAUGCAUAAGAGUAGCUGCUGCUUUUCUGCAUUUGUGCUUACAGCAAAAAAAAAGCCUCCUGGCCGGCUUUUAAAACUCUGCACUGCUUACAGAAAUUUUAAUAUAAGCUGUUCUGUGAAUUUCCAAAAUUUUUAAAUAAAUCAAGAUCAGUUCAAUUCAUGAGAACUAGAGGACAGAGCCUGCUCAUUAAUGGCCUGUAUUCUGUGAAACUCCCUCCUUUUAAUUGAUGUAAUUUUAUUUGAUAUGCUGUGAAGGGAGGGUGGGGUGUACUGCCUGAAUCAUAUUUAAAAACACCACUGUUUAAAAAGAGAGAUUUAAAUAGAAGGACAUUUUAUUGUAAUCUUAAGUUUAUCAUUGUUCAUCUUAUUGGGAGGACUUUUUCCAGAAAGGCAUAGAUUUUCAGUAAUAGUCUGGCAGCUGAAUGGACACUAAUCUGCCAAGAUGGUUGGGGACCCCCUGAAACUGAUUUGGGGGAGUCACAGCAAAGAAGAAAGGGAUGUUGCCCAUUUUAAAUAAGUGUGCAAGUGAUCCUUCAAAUAAACUGGUCUGAAAUCAUUCAGGGCUUUAAAGGUUAGUACCAGAACAUUAAAUCAAGCCAGGAAAUGAAGGAUAACCACAUGCUUCUUCAAAUAUCCCCAGAGUAACACACGCACAUGGCAAUUUCUGUUACCACAAUUCUCGUUAUUUUCUCUUAAGUGAUCUCUAGUUCUUCUAGUAGUAGUAGGUAGUUUCAUGGUGGCCAAAAGUUUGUGGAUUCUGGCCGUUCAGGAAACUUAACAGCUAUUGCUGAGGGGAGGGGAAAUGGACACAGCGCAUAUUAUUUCUUCUGUGUUCUUCUUUGAUCCUUCAGUAUCUGUUUGUUCUGACAGGAUGCAGGAAGCAAACACUUGGAAGGAGAGUCUCCCUGGAGAACACCAAUAAAAGAGGGGCAGACAGUUCUUCCAAGCAAGUAUGGACCAUAUAUUCAAUUCAUAUUCUCUUUGAUCAUACAGGUGUUGGUGGUUAUGAUUCAAUGGCCAGUUUUUCAGCUAAUAAGAUGACUUCUCGUAUGAUUUCUGUAGACUCUCACACAUGAAAUUUUAUCUGAUAUUUGUGCGGGACAUCCUUGCAAACAAUGGCUGAAUUUAGACAAUUGUGAUCCAGACAUUUUUCAAUUAAUACUAUAUUUGCACACCAUUUUUAGCAUGUGUUCCAGCUAUGAUAAGUACUCUAGGGAGGAUAGUUAACAUCCCAUGAUAAGUUAUGCUGAAGGUGGCAUAUCUGGAGAGUGAGCUUUGCUGUGAGCUUACAGUUGCUUUCUUGCAGGGCAUUGGAUGCCCAGAUUCAGGAAGCCAGAUUCCCUCCAAAUUGCUUGGCCAUUGCAGUGGUUUUUAGUGGCCAAAAAGAAGCUUAGGGAAAUUGUUGGGUCUGUUCAGGUAGCACAGAUAUCAUAGGUAAAGGUAAAGGGACCCCUGACCAUUAGGUCCAGUUGUGACCGACUCUGGGGUUGCGGCGCUCAUCUCGCUUUAUUGGCCGAGGGAGCCGGCAUUUGUCCGCAGACAGCUUCUGGGUCAUGUGGCCAGCAUGACUAAGCCGCUUCUGGCAAACCAGAGCAGCACAUGGAACACUGUUUACCUUCCCGCCGGAGUGGUACCUAUUUAUCUACUUGUACUUUGACGUGCUUUCGAACUGCUAGGUUGGCAGGAGCAGGGACCGAGCAACGGGAGCUCACCCCGUCACGGGGAUUCGAACUGCCGACCUUCUGAUCGGCAAGUCCUAGACUCUGUGGUUUAACCCACAGCGCCACCCGCCUCCCAUAGAGGCAUAUAAUACAAAACUCCACACAUUGUGGUGGCUCUUCUAGGGAAGUGUUAUUUGAACUAUUGGCUUGUGCUGAAGUGUGAAACAAGCAACUUUCAUGUAGAUGUGCUCAUCAAUGUGGUUUAUGUGUCUUAGUUUUGACAAUUGUAGAAAGCAUAUCUUAGUUUCUGGGUCCAAGAUGUGGACAAGCAGAGCUCUCGUGUAAAUCUAAUCAGAUGCUUGCUAAGUAGCUUGAGGGCUUUGUGUUUGGAUUUUGAGAGUUCAUUGCAUGGUGGGCUGGUAAAAACCUGGGAGUUCAUAACUUUAACUUUAUGGAUUGUAUUCUGCCUUUGACAAAAGCUUGGUAUGAGGCACGGACAACCAACCCUGCUUUAUGCUUGGAGCAUCUAAGUAUUAUGAAUGUGUGUGACCACAUUACCAUUAUGACAAAUCAGAACAAACUUAAUAGCCAGCUUGCAUUAGUUAAGAUGUGGAUGAAAUAACAUUCAAAGUUAAUGUCUUAUUUAUCUUCCAGGGCACCUCCUAUCUUGCAAGAGGAGCAUGUAAGUCAUCUAUGUUGCUUAUUUUAGAAUAGUCAAUAGCCAAGAGCCUUUAAUAUGCGGGAAAAUAUUUAAAAUGAUGAAUUGCUAAAGAGGCUGAGUAGCUUGAGUGGUGUGCAGAUGGUUUUGGGAUGCUGACAUGUAAUGUUGUCUUUGACAUAUUUGUCAAAUAUCAAGAAGUUGGUUUUAGAAUAUUGGCUUAUAGAUUUGAAGGCUUUCGUCUGUUUUUGUAAAUUUCCAAAUAUUUGUGUAUAUAUAUUUUGAGCAUUAAGUGAAAUGUUAAAAUGUUGUAUUCUGGACCCCUGGCUGCUGUAAGCAUGUAUCCUCCAAUGAGAACAGAAGCGGUGUUAGAAAAUUAUUUUGAUAAACCAUAAAAUUAAUGAAGAAACUCCAGUCGGUGCAAAAUUCCUGUUGUUGGAACUUUUGACCUUGGUGUCCAAGCUUUUAUUUGUAUUAUUUGCAGCCCGCCCAUCUGACUGGGUUGCCCCAGCCACCCAGAGUAGUACUGAAUUUAGUUUUGUAGUAAGUAAUCUGGGAAUUGCCAGCUUAAAGGGACUGAGCCUGAAUUCUAUGCAUUUAACAUGGGGGAUAAUACUGACUUACCUUAUAAGGAUUACACAACUAGCCAAUGCGUAUGAAGUGCUCAUACCACUUCAGAGUACUAUACAAAUAUUACUAUAAAAUGGUAAAUUCAAAUGAGUUCUGCUUCAAUGUUCAAAGCGCACAAACUCGGAAAGGGAAGUAGUGAGUUUGGAGCCUACUCAGCUCAGCUCAUCUGUACUAGCCGCCCAGAGUGGCUGGGGAAACUCAGCCAGAUGGGCAGGGUAUAAAUAAUAAAUAAAUAAAUAAAUAAAUAAAUUAUUAUUAUUAUUAUUAUUAUUAUUAUUAUUAUUAUUAUUAUCUGAGAUUUAAGUCUGAGUGGGAGGGCUUCAGCAAAUUGUAAGCAAAACAUUCAUGAGACAUCAAAAGGCUAGCAAAAAAAAGCCUAACUGUAUGUUUAAAGAACAUGUUUUUCAAUUAUUUAGGAGCAGCCCCUUGGACCUGGCAAAUUAGAGUUGUGCCAGCUAUGUCAAGAAGAAAGUACACAGAGCAAAAGAAAGGUAAAAUUAAACAGAGUGCCUCACCUGCUUAACUUGGGGAAACCAUCUUCUGCCCCGGUAGUGUACUCGACAGCCUUUUGUAGGAAUAACAGAUGCAAACUUUUUGACCACUCUCAUGACCUGCUUUAUGGGGGUUGUGUGUGCAGCAAUGAGAGGAAGUAACUGCCCAACCUGAGCCCGAAGGACAGGACAAGCUAUUAACUUGAAACAAACACAAGGCAACUUGAGAUUCUCUGCUCCUGCUCCCUUGAGGAGGAAAUGUAAUGGUGGUUUUAACUUCCAUUUGUUUUUCUCCCCUCUUCAGAACACCUGCAAGAACUGUGGCGGAGUGUUCUGUGAAGACUGUUCAGCAAACGAACUGCCCCUUCCUUCCAGCAUUUACCCAGAGCGGGUCUGUAACCUGUGCCACAAGCAUCUGAUGCAGCAAUAUUCGGCAAGCCCUUCAUAGGACUCCCAACGGUGAUAGGCAGCGGUCCUGUCAAAGGCAGCUUAUUUCUACCAGACGGAAGCUUCUGAAUGCUGCAACAUCUUGGAGAGUUACUCAAAAGAACACCUUUGUCUGCUUUUGCAGAAUCAGAGUACAUGUUGGGGUGGGGGCUGUGAACUGACCAAUCAGCCCUAACUUUUAAACAUUUAAAAGACCUGGGUGAACCACUCCCGAGUUCUACCCAGAUUCUGACAUGCACUGGUGUUACAGAUGCUUUAGAGAUGAAAAAGCAUUAGAAACAGGUUCUGUAAAUCUUGAAAUGUUUAGUUUUUGAAGACACAGAAGAUAUUGGUGGAGGUGUAUCUAGAUACUGCUCCCUGGGGGAUAGCAGUACAACCUAAGCAUGGGUGCCCAUAAGAAUAAAUAGGACUCUUCCUACCAUGGCACUCUUUUUACUUCUCUAGUGCUUGUAGGUAUCCUGUCAGCUAUGCAAACUAGGCUUGUGUCUUGCCUAAGCCACUUCAUCCUUUAUUUUCAGCCUAGGGCAAGGACACUGAGCCACUCUCAGUCCGAUUUCCUAAGAGCGAGCUAUGCGAAUGUACUCUGCCUUGCCAGCAGACCUGUGCGAUCUGCAAUUUGAGCCCUCGCUCUGAAUUACAAAACCCUCUAGAGGACUUGGUGGUGCACUCUACCCAUGUUUUAUAGCCUACAGAACUGCACAUAUGUGUGCAAAAAUGUAGCAGUUGAAUAAGCUCCACAAGUCUUUGGUACUAAAUUAGGUGAUCUGUAAAAACAAACUACAACUGAUUGCCUGGCCAAAGAUGAAAAUACCACAAAUAAGUUUAUUUUUUUGCCUGAGCUUCUGUUUUCUUUAGGGUUGUGCUUUAUACAUGCUGCUGCUUAAAAGAAUGCAUUGUAUGUAACCAAAAUAUUUGAAAGAGAAUGUACUGUGUACAAAAAUUAUUUCGACUGCACAAAAACUCACAUGUCUGGUGGCCUCUCAACUUGGGAGUCUAUAUUUUUGCAGAAUACCCACAAGGACAGCAACCGAUUGUAAAUGACUUGACAAUUAUUUUUUUUUGCAAAGCUGCUUAUUCAAGCUGUAGAUGCGAUUGACACAACCGGACUAUGUGGGCAGUACUCCCUAUUUAUGUAAAUGUAAAUUUAAGAAGGCAUAUAUCGUAAUACUGCUGCUUACCCAUAAAACAAUGGAUUUUUGAAAACCUGUCAAGUGUGAUAUAGAAUAUACCUUGAUCUGCAAAGAUUACUCAGCAGCAGAAGUUAACUCUUACAGUGGUGGCUGCUUUCUUGAACCAUAGACCACAAAGUGUGUUUUGUGAAGAGACCUACUUGUACUGGAAAUUAAAUCAAAACUGCACAAUGUAUUUGAAUCCGUACAAAACUGCUGUAUAUUUUGUUUGCUAUGUCUUGUUCUGUGCAGACAAUCUUUACUAUAAACAUACUGAAGUUUUA